AGAUAGGGGGGCGGCGCCCACCGGACCUGCCGUGCGGGGUGGUGCGGCGCCGCGGAGUGUGUUUGGCGUAGGGCGAGAUGUUGUUUUGUUGUGGCGAUCAGCUGAAUGUGGCAUCGCUGUCCAGUCUGACACAACAGUGGGAAGCACUCAGAGCCCCUCCGGCUCUCCCUGCGCACAAACGCGGGCAUCGAGAGCAGCUCUAUCAGGCUCAGCGCUAUCCAGGAAAUGCGGACUUCUGGCCCUUUUCGUUAAAUGGCUGCAGCGGACGCUCUGAAGCAAGCUGGUAAGUAAGAACUGUCAUAUUGCUCCUUUUUAAUUCUUACUCUUAAGGAUGUUGUAAUGGGUGUCACAUGGGGAGGGAGUACGGUGCGAAGUUGCGCGCAGGAUCCCACCCGUGCUUUCACAGUUAGAGUGUGCCAUGAAGUUGUGCCGUUUUGUCAUGUGUUACAAUUGAACGUGAUGAGAAAAAAAUACCGGGGUGAAAUAUACCUACAGGAGCAGCUGGAUGAGAGGGAUUUUUCAAGAUUGCUUUAGCCUCGUGUAUCGCGCGUGCAGAAGUAGUGACGAGGACGCUGCACACGUCCAGCUGACAGCAUAUGCUUCAUCAUGUUCCUCCAUUCACCCCGUUUGUCCUUUGUAAUAAACCGGCUGAGGAGAGCAACAGUGCGCGAGGACGCAGGCAGGCUGCGCACAAGUUUAAGAUUCACGAUGAACUCCUUUGUUACUGGCUACACCUACACGAGGAUGAUUUUUAGUGGAUGACAUCAUACUUUCCUGCACAGAUGAUCGAUUGUUUAUUUGAUUAAGACGUAAACUGGUUUAUUUUGAAACUGGACACGUAGAAACAUCUUCUCUGUCACUUUACUUAUCAAUAUCCAUACCAGAUAAUCUAUCUAUCUAUCUAUCUAUCUAUCUAUCUAUCUAUCUAUCUAUCUAUCUAUCUAUCCUGGCAGUAAAUCAGGCUGUGAACUAAGGACAGCUCUUCAAGUGUGUCUCUCUCUGCAGAUGAAGACCUCAGUGGCAGCUGUCUGCCCUGAAGCUAGGUGCUGCAAAAACAUAUUUUUCAUCAUAUCGUUGGAGGUCAACUAUCUUCUCCAUGCAACAGCCCAUCCAAUCCAAUCCACACAGCAGUGCCCUCGCCUUCAGUCUGUGUCUGUACUGUUAACUUUAACUUCCAGCACACACAUAUAGAGUAAAGUGUCAGAGCGUGGUGCUGUUGGUCUUGGUGGUAAAAGGGGAAUGAGUGGAGAGUGGCCAAUAUGCAAUUAUUUCUUAUUGAAUCAGCACAAAGUGGCAGGGCUCCGCUCAGCUCUGGAUCGAGACCACUUGUGGUGCUGGCUGGAGAAAGGCACUAGCUCAGCAGGCAACCCAAGGAGAGCACAGCUUCAUUUUCUCGCAAAUUUUCAAAAUUGUUUGACUUCAUGAAGCAUUUUAGGAUUGAAGAAAGUCUGAGCUGGAGGGAUUACUGCCACUUUUUGGUUUUAGCAUGGAUGUGGAUAAAAGCUGCGAGUCAGACGCACUUUGAUGUUUUUAUACCAUUGUUAUUUGGCUGAAAUUUAAGAAGGUGGCGUGUUGGGAAUAAAUACAGCUCUCUGUAAAGUUGGAAGUGAUUGUGCUAUUAUCUGUGUGGCGGUGGGACCAGUUUUCAUUUCAGUCAAAAGUUUAGCAGUGACAAAUAGCUUUGGUAUUAAGAGUCAUAGCAGGAGACUUGCACGGCAAGUUUGUUAAGGAGACAAAAGUUAAACUUCAAUUUCUGAUUGCUGGAGACUCCUCUCAAGGAGGCAGACAGGCAUACAGAGAAGGCCUGAUCUCUGCCAUUAAGCUGCUGAAGCUGUUCGAAGCUUUAUAGUACAUCACACAAACUCACCUGGCGUACCCUCUUCAGUCCACCAUCUCUUACACUCUAAGUCAGUCUUGCAGGUGGCAACGUGUUGACUCAAACGCAUGAGAUGCACUUGGCAGGGACAGGAUCAUGUGGAGUUCCUGCUCAGACAUUCAGACACACCUCCCUUUCUGAUAACAAGAUUUAAUAACAGCAGCCACAACGGGGCAAAGGAUCAUGGGAUGGUCGGCAGAGUCAGAGUGACAGUUAAGCCUGAACCUUUGAUGUGAAACUCGUAGGUGUUACACAGAUGCUGUGCUGCUUGUAGAGCUGCUGCGAAAGUGAACAGACGUGGUCGCUGGCGGUCCGUUCUGCUUCAUGCAUGACUGCCUGCUGACAGAUUACACCAAGUGUAAAAGAAAUGGCAUGUACCGGCAUGUUUAAGUGUCGAUGCAUGUAUGAAGGGUACCAUUGUUAGCAGCCCCCUACAAGGAAAAUACACACUCACAUACAGUGAUACACACACCCAGGCUGUAAAAUCCUGGUGACUGGUGGACACAACCUUUUCAUGUCUCUGCUCUGCUCAUUAAUCCUGCUCUCUGAAGCACCCGAGAAGAAUAGACCCACUGUAGUGCUGGAGACCAGAGCGAACCAGGAACAAGACCCUGGACACACACACAGAAGCAGACACACAUAAAAUGCAAAAUGGAGGCCAGGAGUGCCAGUCUGGCAGCUUAGCAAAUGCCCCACUACCCUAAUAAUUGUAUUGCGUGCAUUCAGUUGUGAUUUAUUUUGAAGGGACAGUUUAUUUUCUGUUGUUUCUUCUGUAGCUUGGUCUGCAGCCAAGGGUUCAUAUUCAGUAUCAUUUCAAUAUGUGUGUGUGUGUGUGUGUGUGUGUGUGUGUGUGUGUGUGUGUGUGUGUGUGUGUGUGUGUGUGUGUGUGUGUUUAUGUUAGAGUUGUGAUUGUCUAUUUGUCUAUCAGUGUCUGGCCUCAGCUCAACGUCUCACUCAGGCCAGUGUGUUGGUCGCUCUUUCAAAUGCAGAUAGAAUUUCCUCCUGUUUGCCAAAAGGGAGAGUACAUUAUGAGUGUGUGUGUGUGUGUGUGUGUGUGUGAGAGAGAGAGAGAGAGAGAGAGAGAGAGAGAGAGAGAGAGAGAGAGAGAGAGAGAGAGCGAUUAUGUCAGGGACUUUGUAAGGAAGGUGUUUUGCAGUAAUAGGCAGUCUGUAGUUCACAUAUAUUUGCAAUUCUACAUAUAAGUCGUUUGCAGUGUGAGCACCAGUGUGGCUGUGUACAUGUGAAGUGAGGGAUGAUGUUUAGUGAGCAGGUGGUUGGUGCAAAUCAAAAAUCUUGACAGGGUGAGCAAGACUGUAAUGGUAAGGACAAGAGGUCUUGUCUCAACCUCACGUGAAACAGACUCACCUGUAACAAUACAUUAUCGCACUUUGCAAUUCACAGUCGCAUACAGUGAUCCCACUCAAGAUCAAUCCAAUAAAAGGUAGUUUUAGUUAGCUCAUUGCGAGGAAAACAACAUCAGAUCAGCAGAGCAAGUUACUGUCUACCUCAGAAAUCAGAAGAACUGAAUCAGGCUGAAGUGUUCUUUAUUUUAUUGUAUUGCUCCUGGUAUUUUCAGCUGUUAUCAGUUAGAAAGCCAGUGUACUGGUGACUGUGUUUUGUGAGUGAUUGCUAUUGCUUUGUGGGUUUAAGUGACUCAGUGGUGUAUGCCUGUCACAGUCCAGUAUAUGUAUGUUGCUGAGUGUGUAAAGAAAACUGUAGUGAAUGUCUUAUUGUGUGUUUGUCUUAGUGUAUUUGCUCUUAAGGGUUUUUGUUAAUUAGUCUUUUUGUGUUUGAGUGGGUCUGUAUGUGUAUUAGCGUAUCUACAGUGUAUGUGUGUCAGUGGCUGUAUAGAACGGUGUGUGUUGUAGCUGGUCUGUAGUGUAUGUGUGUUAGUGGUGUAUUAGUGUCUUUGUAGUGUUUGCGUGUCAGUGAGGUUGUAGUGUUUUUGUUUCCCUGUAGUUUAUGUGUGUUAGGAGGUCUGUAUUGAAUCAGUGCUAUUCUGCUGAGUGUGUAUGUGUGUGUGUGUUUUUUCUGCAGCGCUUGUGUGUUAAUGUAACAGUCUGGUUACGUAAUGUUAAACACUAGAGUUCAUACUUAAGAGGGCAGCAUGUAGAGUCAGAGCGGUUACUCAUUCACACUCGGUCUUCAUGCUGGUUAAUCAUUAGCUCGCUCUCUUCUGUUAGCUUCCUGGUCAAAUACUGAGGGGGUUUACUGUUUGGGAUGGCAAUAGGCCACAAGUUCAUACCAUCCAAACAGCUUUCCAGUGUCAUUGUGUCACCCUGAUCACAUGGUCAUCCUUAAUUCCCUUUCCUUGAUACAUCUUCAUUCCCUCUUGUAUCAUGGUUUUUGUGCAGGUGUUCACUCUCCACAGUAGUCGGUGUUGUAUAACAGUGAUUGUUGCAUUGUGAUUGUAAGCUUCAGCACUGCUUACCACAGGUAUGUCUGCCAGUAUCUCGUUGUUGAGUGUGUGUCAUUCUUGGGAGAGGCUGAUAAUGACUGCAUGAAAACAGUGAUAACACACGUAGCAGCUUAUCAAUCAUGCUGAGAAUUCAGAUUUGAGUCAAAUAAAGCCUCCAAAGCUUCCUUCUAUUUUGUUUUAGGUGAUUUGCUUCAGAUGAAUUUCAAGUGUGUAUCGAUCGAUGAUGGAAGCGUGGUAUUGUGUUUCAUGGCUUGAUAUCUACACCUCUUCCAAAUCUCUCUCUCUCUUUCUCUCUCUCAAUUUUUUUUUCCUCUGGGUCCCUGGACGCCUGUCUGACCACACCCUGGAGCUCACACAGCAUCUGUGCAGAUCAUAAUGAUCUCCAGGUGUCGCUCCUUCAAACCAAUCUGUUAGUAUUAACUGACACCUGCAAAGACAAUUUAGGUAUUCUGCUCCUGCAGCUUGGAAUUUACUGAAUGUUUUUAAAGGCUGUUUGAAGGCUUUGGAGGAAGAUGCAUCAGUUGAAAAUGCUUUGUUUGAUGACUUCUGUCAUAUGUCCCUGAACAUUUUACCAAAUUUUAAACAGUGUGUUUGUAUGUUUGUAACUUUGUUGGAGUGUGCUGAUGCUGUGUUGGCCAGAGCGGUGUUCAUUUUUGUUUUUUAUUUUUUAAUUCUCAAUGAGGCUUGUCUGUUUUUUUUUUGUUUGUUUGUUUUUUUCUGAGGCUUUCUUAUCUCUGCCUCACCUUUACAAACGUUCUACUUACAUUUAAUGAAACCUGUUUAAAGGAACAGCAGCAAUUUAUUGUGUCUCUUCUUGUUCUUUUCAAUGAGGGUCUCUGUCAAUAUUUUAUUUCCACCUUAUUCCUGCAGGGAGUUACUUCUGUUUACGAUUAUGGGCAAAACUGCUGGUGAUGUAACAGAAAUAGAAUUAAAGUUGUUUGUUGUAGUGGCUAAUCUUAGUGACAGAGCAUUGAUAGCAGUUGUUUCGAAAACAAAAUACCUCAUUCUGUCUAGUUUUUAAUGUGUGCUAGGUUUUUAUUGAGUGAGCAUAAUGAAUGAGGAAACACAUAAGAAAUACCAAUUAUUACAAAAAAAGUCACUGUGAUUUAAAAUGUGAUUAUUUAAUAAGUUUGUUAAUACACCUUCCAAAGUAUUUCAGCUGCACGGCUGAAAGAUCUCCCUGGCACACAAGCAGUCAGCUGUGUGUUUUUCACCAGGAGUUGACACUGAAACCCAGGCAUGGUGACGUGGGACAUUAAGGCUUUGACUCACCCCCACAUCUGCUUUUAUGUAUUAAGAUUGUGUCCAACCUCUUGAAACACAAAGUGACCGAUCUCGUUGCUAUAGAAGAACUGAAAACAUUCGCCUCCCUAUCUACUGCAACAGAGCUGACAAAGUAGCUAAAUAUGCAAGUAAAGAAUAUUUGAGGCCAUUUCUUUACACCGUUCUCCCAUCCCUCGAUAGAUCUGCGAUCUUUCUAAUAAUUAUUAUGAAUUAUUAUGAAUUCUGUUACCACAGAAAAUGCCAGCUCUACAUCCAGUGGCAGAAGGCACUGGAAGACACUCCCAUAACUCACGCAAGGUAUCAUGGGGGCUUGGAAUAAGGUGGACAAAGGAUCUAUGAUAUUGUAGACCAAUCUUCUCUUCAAGUGUGAGAGGAUGAGGGAGAGGAACUAACGCAUUAAAACUCAUCUCCUUAAUUAAAUAAGUUUUCCAUCAAUAUUUCCUUUUUUUCAUGUCUUCUGUUAUUUUUUCUCAUAAGGGCAGAUUCCUCUUGUUUCUUUUCCUGUUUCAUCUUCUUAUCUCACUUCUUCUUGCCCUACCUUUUGUUCUCCUUCCUGAAAAAUGACUCAGUUAAUCUCCCCAUCUUUUCCUGCAGUUGUCUUCCCUUUCCCCUGUUCUUUAGUUUGUCUCUACUCUUCAUCUGUUCACACCUCUUCUUUCCUCUUCCCCACAUUCAUAUCGUCUCACAUUUUGUGAUUCCUCCUUUUCCUUGCCUUCUUUCUUUUAUUUUUCUCAUCCUCUCAUCUUAUUAACUUUCCCCUAAAUCCUCCCCACCCCAUCUGCCGAACCGUACUCCUCCUCCUCUCCUCUUUCCUUCCCUCUCCUCUCUCCCCCUCUUCCUUGGAAGUCCUUUGUCUCGGUGAGUAAGGCAUCCCUGUUGUAAGAUCGAAAGUGAAAGGGGUUUUGGAGUGAAUUCUUUAAACUCUGAUGCAGAUCUUCCAAAUAAGUUCAGGUUGUGUGGGCAAGUCUGAAGCACGAUGGUCUGUGGACAUGCCUCUGAGGCAGAACAGUGACCCCUGGACCCUCUCCUUUAGGUCUCUUUGAAGACCCUGUGAAAUGUGUAGAUACGGCAUACAGUAGAAUUCAGAUGAGUCAGGUCCAGUGUAUAACACAGUGGGUUACUAAGAGAGUCAGGUGAAGCCUUCUCCACUCAAAAGCUUCAUCAUAUAUUGAAUUAGCUGGAAAAAUCACAUCAUGUGAUUGGUGGUUUUUUUUGACAUCUGUAUCUGAAACUGUAGAAGAGAAGUAGGUCUAUGAGUGUGCCGCAUUUGUUAUUUUCUACAUGGUCCCUGAAGGCGCGCUGCAGUGCCCUGACAUUGUCAGGUAAGGUCGCAUGGAGAACACCUCAUUUUAGAUACUGUUAAUUAUGCAGGAGUGUGGUCAUCUGCCAUCACUAGGGAAGGUCAUUUACUUCUCACCCUGUUUAAGGGCACAAAAUUCCACAGACUGAGGUCUCUUUGCGUGUUGUGUAAGAGUAGAAGUGAAUUUUUGUUGUGGUUUUGUGAUGCUACAGAGGUUGUGCUGACAUCUUGUUCGGGUCAUUAAGAGGCUUCAGCUGUCUUGUAUUUAAAGUCAGUUCACCCUGUAGGAAAAACGGCAUUAAUACUGGAUGUGUUUCUGUUCACAGUGUGGGUAUGUCCCUGUGUGUUUAUAUAUAUUCAGCGAAUGUUUAGGUGAAUGGUGUUCUGCUGAUGCUUCCAUAUUGCAGCCUCUGAGCGAGGGCGUCUGUUUCACCUAAUUGAAGGUCAAUAUUUAUGCGAGCGCUCAUACAAACAACUUUUCUAGCUUGGUCUAGACAGAACACAGACUUCCACUGUACUCCAAUAAAAUCAGAUUGCAUGUCAUGUUCUGGUCUGGCACGUCUGGGCCUACAGUAUUUCCCCACUCUGCGGUGCACUUUUACUGUGCUAAAGCAGUGGAAAGCUUUCUCAUAGACUGCAUUAUUCUGCAAGAUAAACACUUUCCUGGCUGUUUGAUCUAUAAAAGCAAUAAGAAGUUUGUCCCUUAAACUUUCCAAAAAGCUUAUUAAAUUUAACAAAUAUGGGAAUUUCCGUAUUUGAUGACAGAUUUUCUAACUUAAAGUAGAGACUCUAAAAGCAGAAACAGUGAGUGGAGGAGAGCCAUGUCAGAAAACUAAAUGUAUUUCAGAAGUUUUGCACUUUUUACAGAUGUCAGCUACUCAGAACUAUUUCAAUAAUUAGUCGAUUGUUUGAGGCAUUUCAAACAGUGAUAAAUACCCCAAACUAAUUUGUUGAAGCAGCUGCUUGAAGAGGCUCCCUAGGGCCUGUUCUACGAAGCAAGUUCAACCUAGCAAGGUAGCCUUGGAGCUACCUCGCUCGACUUAGCGCGGUAGCCAGCGGUCUCGCUAAAUGGUCUUACGACGCUGGUUAUCAACCUUGUCAGUGGAUCCAGCUUUGCUAUGAGCGCAUGCACGCAUGUAAGGCGGAGCCCGCCGCGUCAUAGAACAGGAAACCCUGAACUUACCCUUGAAGUUACCUCGCUAAGCAGUAAUCCUGCUCUGUAGAAUAGGCCGCUGUAGUUUUACACGUUUAGCUUACUAACCAUAAAUAUUUAAUAAUAAUUCAUUAUUUUAUAAACUAAAUGUUGUAUUGAAAAAUGUGCUAAUACUCUUGAACACAUCCAUUUCUAUGUUAUUAGGGUUGUCCCGAUACGAUAUUAAUAUCUGAUAUUGAUCCGAUAUCAGCAAAAAAAAAAAAAAAAAAAAAAAAAAGAGUAUCAGAUUAUAUCAGCCUGCAUCUAAAUCAGGUGCUUGUAUUAGCACUCUGAUACAAGCAGUCCAUUCCAGACUCCGUUCCGGCACCUCUAUCUAGCAGCGCCCAGAUCCAGCAAGCUGAGCCCACAAAAUCACAACAACAGUGUGAAGUACCGAGGAGUAAGAGUGAUGUUGGCCUUGGGACACUGUUUUUUGUUUAAGUCAGAGAAAGACAUUGCAGCUGAGUGAAAAACUUGUCAUGCACAAUUUUGUGCCAAUAUUGGAUCAAUAUCGGUAUCGGUCAAUAUUGAAGGCUAAAAUAACGGUAUUGGAAGUCAAAAAGUUGUAUCGGGACACCCCUAUAAGUUAUAUCAUGUUAGGACAAAAUAUUGUUGUUACCGGCAUCCUGACUCAUGUAAUCGUAUCGCUGGCUCCAAAUAUUGAUGUUUUAACUAAAGAAUGAUACACAUAUUUACCUUUUCAUUCACCUCACCAUGUCACUACUUCAUGAAUCUCACAGUGCUGCUCAUGUCGUUCAUCCUGUUCUUCAACUUUUGGGGCUGUUUUUAUUCUCCGGUAACUGAGGCGUAUUUUUGUACGAUUGUGUCACAGUUUAUCAGUCACCCAAAAUAACUUUAUGGCGAUGUUAUCGUCAGCAUACUGAGUCACCCAGCGAUUCUCAGACUUUCUAGCAGAGUGUUGAGAAAUGCUUGUGAGGUUCAUUGUCUUUCUCUGAAUACCAAGUCCCUUUUACGUUUUGUAGCCAGAGUGGGUCAGAAGACUGGUGGUUUAAUCCCAGUUGUCAGACUUUUACUCUACUGCUGUUUCAUCUUAUAGUGUUAUGAGGAAAGUAAUCAACUUUCUUCUCUUGGAAAAAUGAAAGGAUGUAUGUUGAAACCAAAGCCAGACACAGAUCACAACAGAGCCGGGGAAGAAAAGCUGAGGAAAGAGUUUGGUUUUGUUAAUGUUGAGCUGCUGACACAGACUCGGCCAGCAUAAUUGAGUAAAUAAACAUAUGAUAUGAUGUGGCGAAAAGGGCCUCUGAUGUUGAGUUUACAUAUUUACACACUGCCGCUUUUGACUAAAGCCAUGGUUUUCAGCACUUUUGAGGGGGGCGAAGGAUAGAUGAGGUGGGUGAAGCUAAGAAAGAUUAAAGGUGAGCGCAAACAGUUGGGGCUACCACAUGACAGUCCUGCACAUGAGAACCAUCCAUCAUUCCUUGCAUUUACUGCACCUGUUUAGAUGGUGCAAGGUCAGGAGAUCUGCUGUGUAUCUCAGGAUGUGCAGGGCUAGAGGCACACAAGGGUGAAGUUUACCAAGGGUACAAGGAAGAUGGAUGAUAAGACAUCUGUUUCUAUUUCUGCCAAGGUUAGUAGAUGUCAGUGAUUCAUUUUUAUCUAUCGAGAAGAUGGUUUAUUUGAUUCUUCUAGCAUCAUUAAUAUGCAUUAGGAAUAUACAGUAAUAAUGAAAACAAAGGUUUCCUAUCCGAAGAUAUAGUUGCAAACAUUUGGGGUAGAAGAGGAGACCAUGGCUUCCCCUAAACAUAGCAUUUCCAAUCAUUUCAAUUAUGUAAUCCUAAUGUCCUCAACAACCUCAAACAGUCAGCAGUCCCUGUGUUUACACCCAGGUAGUCCCCCACCUCCUCUCUUCUCUACUGCUCUGCACCGUCAGCACACUGUGAGGAAGCAACCCUCAGCUUAGUCACCGCAGGCCAGGACUUUUCAUCACUUCUGUGCCACUCCAAUAUGCUUAAUGGUGUUACACCUGUCCUCUAAGGGACCCCCUUCUUGUCCUGAUGUCAGCUGACAGGUAUCCAGGCCAGUGAGGACUCUGGUUGUCCAGUGGGGACACACUGCUCUCAUGUGGGGGACAUAUUUUCUUCUAAUGCUGCAGAGAGACCAGGAGCUGUACAGCUGAGAUCAGCUGACGGUGGAUAGGGACAUCCCUCUUGCUUUUCUUGUCAUAAAAAGAGGCCGGUAAGAGUGAGCUAUUUGAGAAUUGGAUUGGGAUUCUUUGGGAGUACCGUAGCAUGAGCAGCAGGGCUGGGCUCCCGCUCGCUGCUCCUGAGUGAGGGUGUCCAUUACUGUGGAAGAGUCUAAAUUACACUGAAGAGGAGGAUGAGGAGAAACCCCAGAGAUGGUUUUGAAGGGGGCUGAGAUUGGGUGAAAAAGAAAUCAGUUUUUCUCUGAGUGAAAAAGCUAGUUUGAUACACACAAAUACAUCGUUGCAGGGGUGAAAUACUCAGUGUGUGAUUACAGAGGUUCACUUUCUCCUUUUAAGGGUGUAAAUCAUGAUUUCUGGAGGUAAAUUUCCAGGCAGGGUUUUCCUUUCGCAGUGAAAGUGUUUGUCAGCCAGCCCGAUGGAUGGCCUCUCCGGUUUUAUGAGAGCAAGCUUUUCCUGCAACAGUCUUUCUUUCACAGGUCAUAGCUGUGUGUUUUGGCUCGCAUGCUCGGCCAUGUUGUCAUCAGCAUAACAAACACACCAGUCAUAGGUUGUGUGGCCAAUCAAUGGCUGCGGAGUCACUGCAAAACUGCAUGAAAGUAUGUGUUUCCCGGACUUUCAGUUUCAGCAUUUCUUUCUUUUGUUGCUCAAGUGUAGCCACAAACACUCAGAAACUGUAAGUUUUCUCUGCAGAGAGUAUCAGUGUUUCAUCCCAUCAAUCUAUGUAAUCCGCUGUUUAUUGCUUCUCUGUGUAUAUGGCGUUAUCAGAUUAUCCCCAGUGCAGUUUCUUAUGGCAAACAUUGUGUUUUAUUGUGCUCUGCCUCUCAUCGGCCAAGUCUUUACUGCUCGGCUCUGUGUGUCAGCAAACAAGCCUGUAUGAAGAUGGUGAGAAAUGCUAUCCCAGUAAAUCCAAUGCAGGCCUUUCAUUUUAGGAUGAGGUUUUGUUGAUGUAUUUAUGUAAUCCUCUAUUUCAGGUCAUUCACCUUUAGCAGUUUGGCUCUGUGACACACUGAACAUAAGGAACAAGUGUUUUUGCUGUAACCGAGUUAGCAUGCUGGCAUUAGCUCACUGAAAACUCAUUACUCACUGUGUUUCUUUGCCACUUGGUAUUUCUACUGUAAACAUCAUUAUCUGUUGUUGAUGGUAUCACAAACUAUAUAAAGGUGGUAGUCUCUGUGACGUCACCAUUAGUGUCUCAAUAGUGGUUUAUGGAGAUGGCGCUCACCAUGUUGGAAAUACUGAAGUUUCGGUCAGCUGAUUAGCAGAUAUAGAGGUGAAGUUGAGGCGGACCAUAAGCCUCAAACAGCUACAGCUUGUCAGUCAGCUCACCUAAGCUCCUAACUGUGGAAAUCUUUGCAGUAAUCCAUCCCUGUGGCAUUUCAAUAUGCUGGUAAACUUGUUAUUUUGCCUGGUUUUGUAAAGACAUUCUAUUCUCGAUGUGUGUUCCACUUUUAUUUUAGCAGACAACUUUAACUUGUCUGGACGUUUUAUGUCCUGUUUUGGCUUUGAUGAGUAUCGUUUUACUCCAGCCCAAGAGCCUUAUCAACAUGUAUGAGUGUACCAUGAGCCGGGUUGGGUUACCUGCAGCCAGAGAUGAACAUUCACAGACAAUUUGUCCUUUGUAAACACUGACAGCAGAACAUGCUUUAUCUAAUCAACAGGUGAUAGUACAGAGCAAUAACUGCAUCGUAGAGCAACACAUGUUAAACACGUCUAAACUUAGUGUUCGACAACACAUUGCCCAAUUGUUGAAUUAGCUUGAAAAGGUAACACUGGUCUACCUCGUUGUAUCGCAAACUGUAUGCCCUCCAAAUUAUCUCAAACAUAUGAAAUAGUCUUGGGCUAAAGUUCCAGUAUUUCCUCCACCAAAUUAGAAAAACUCUUCGUUUGGAAUAUUUCAAUUUUCAGAUUCAUAUCAGGAAUGCAAAUAUGAAAACAAUUUAUGAUACUGUGUCAGAAUUUUACGAAACAAGGUUUGAUCACAUUUAGAUUACUUUACCCUAAAAUGCUCCAAAAUCAGCAUUUGCAUACUACAAUGACAUUGUUCUUCUAGGUGAGGAUUCCUUCAAAGCCCUGAUACCUGCAUGUUUUUUUCACCUAUUAUUCUUCACCUCUCUAGUGUUAUUUAUUUGAGCGUAUCACAGGUGACAGCUAGUUUUGCAUAGUAUUUGGCUAUAGGCCAUUUAUUCAAGUCAGGCCAUAUCUGUUACCUUUUAUCCGGAGGUUGCAAAUGAAAAAGUACCAGUUUGAUAUUAUUUAAAGGAAAAAAAAAAAACAUUGAAAUAUGAUCAGGACUCAUAUCCAAAGCUCCUCUGCAACUUGUUUUAUAUACCAAGACUUUUCAGGCAACUUUUUUGUUUGUUUUAAUCCUUGGACUUCUGCAUUAGCUCCGCUUUUCAACACCAGAGACUGGGGCUUGGUUAUAACUUUAUUACAAGAAAUUUUAUUGCAUUUGCUAAUAUGAUCAACUUAAUGUUAGAGGGACUAUUGACUUUUACAAGGUUGACAUUUAUCCAGACAGGUGCAUUAUGUUUUUAUUUUUCUGCACUUGAACCUUUUAAACGAGUGAAGGUUUAUGUUGAUGUUCGAGUGACGCUGGGACCUGUCAAUCGUACUCGGUGUGAUGACGUUCUUUCAAACCAAAGACCUGUUGAGUCUUGCCAGACCACAAUGAGCAGAGAGAAACCUGUGGGCUAACGAGACCUGGUCUGCCAAGACCUGCCUAAUGUGAUUUUCCGGUGUUUGUGACAGAGUGGUAGGUGCCAUUGCAUAUGUGCAUUUAUAUGGCUGUCUGGCUAAAAACUCCUGGAUCGUUCUCACUGAAUCCCCAUCUUCCUAAUCACGGGCCUGAACUUUUCCUCUUCCACUUUUUUCCUGUUUUCUUAGAGCCGUAAAACUGAUGGUGUGCCUUGUUUCCUUGGUUAGUCAUCAGACUUCUUUGAGAACAGAGGUUACAUUCCCCAGGCCCCUAGAUCAGAUUUUCCAGGUCCUCUGAUGAGAUUUCCCCCCACGUAUUGCCAUUUGUUUAUAUUUGUUGUCUCAGGCUUAAGACUUCCUCAUCUGCUGUUUAAACGGACUAUAAACACAUCUUUGCUCACCGUCAAGUUGUGUUCUUUGUUGUGGGUUUUACCAAGAUAUGUGGCCAGAUGUAGCUCUCUCCUGUCUUCAUCUAGUACAUGGAAGACAAAAACAUUAAAACUUGACAAACAAACCACUUCAAUAUUUUCCAGCCUAGCAUGAAAGUAUAACACACCAGGCACUCCAGCUGUUUCUGGUCAGGUCCUACUUUCCUUUAACUUGUAGUUUUUAACAGCUAAAUUCUUGUUACUCUUGUUACUUGUUUUCUUGUUGGCAACCUUGUUGAUUUGAUAAACAGCUCAUUAGUGCUUCAAAGAGAUAUCACAAAGAUAUCAUCCAACCAGAAUCCAAGUUUAUCACAACUAAGGAUGAAAAUCAUAAUCCCAUUCAAUUUGAUUGUAUUUGAGUUUAUCAAUACAACUAUCAAGUCUCUUGGUUGUCAAUAUGUCAAGCUGAGUCGCGUCGUCCAAAUCAGAUCAUUGGUGCACAAACGUACAUCAAUUUUCCAACAAAGUUCCUACAUCAGAUUUAUCAGCCAACAGGUACAACAUUAAACAAAGACGAUGCUUUUGGGUGUCUUUGGGUUUAAGUAAAGAAAAAAAAAAAACUCCAUUAACAUUUGGUCACUGCUGCUGCUGCAGGUCAGCCGUCCUCCUUCAAACUUUAUAACUCCUGGUAAUUUAAUGGUGAUCCAAAUUAACAAUUUGUCAUAAUCAACAGGACAAAGACUAGUUAGUACAGUUCCGGUCAGUAAAAUGACUCGUAGUUGAGGGUAGGUAAAAAGUCAUGGAUAUAUUUAUGUGAGAUAAGACAAGGGGAAAAUUUAGGGUUAGGUGAAAAAAUUGAAUAAUGCAUUUAUUUAGAGGAGAGAUCUGUUUGCCAUGAAAACAUGGUAGUUUUACAGUUAAACGUUGGCAAAGAGAGUUAAUAUACAGCGUUGUGUCACAAAGCUCUUGAAGUGAACAUCCCUGGUGGAGGCACAGCCCCUGUACAUUGUGUGUACAUGAAUACAGAGAGGACUGCAAUCUGUAUUGGAUGACAAAUCAGCCGUACGUAAACAGGCAAGGGGUAACAGGAAAUCAAUGCAUCCAGCCACCUCUCCUCCAUCAAUACAGUGUCUCACUCCUCUGUUCAUCUCACUGUCUUUCUCUUUCUCUCUUGUUUCCUUCUUUUUCUUCUCUGUUUUGUUGCUGCUCUUCUGCUUCUUGAAAGCCACAGCAUCUCUAUUUUAAGGAUAACUGUUCCUCUGCUUUGUAUUCAAAUGAACAUGGAGCAAACAGCUCGGCGGGUGAAUAAGAAAGGGAGGUGGCCAGCCAGCUUUUGGAGUCGUGUUUCUCCUAACCAGAUCUUUAUAGGGUGAUGACAGCUGGAGGAAUGCAAUGCUAAUUCCCUUAGCUCGAGUCAUGUGACCUUUGGGGCUCACUUACUCUCCAGUGUGAUGUGAGCAGGCUGGGUGGUCAAGAGGAAAGAAAACUGUCCAUCUACAGUGAGUGUGUCAUAUAGUUUACAUGCAUAACAUGAUUUGAUCUCAGUCAGAGGGUGUGUGUGUGUUUGUUAGCAGGAUAUGCUACUGUACUGUGGUGCCAGACGGUGCGACUGUGUGCGGCCUUCCCUCAUGGCCAAACUAGACUGCACCUCCCAACAAUGAGUUCAGCUAGUGACACAUUUCUGUCUAUCACAAAGUGGGCCACUGGAUUUGUGAUCAUGUAGGCUGGGUUCCACCACCUUCAGAAACACUAAGGUGGCUCAUAAUUUACAUAUAUCCUCUUACAUAUAUGAAUUUGUUGCAAGAAAAAGAGCACCAUUGUGUGUUUGCUUUUCUGAAUGUUGUGUUGCUGAGCAGUGAACAUUAACACAAGUCUUGACAUCUUGCCAUCCAACCCCAGGUAUUACUCCAAAAUCCUAGAUAGUGGUUUGCCCUGUCAGAGAUGGGACUUAAGAUCAAAUCUACCAUUUAAGAUGUGAUGAAUUGGCUUUUUUUAAUUUGAAUGUAGCCCAUUGUCUUUUGUUGGAUUUGUGGGUCGUGUUGUGAAGGCUGUUUUGACUUUCUGUCUAAUAAACCAUAUGAUUAAUAACUAGAAAAGCACUCGGAGAGCGCAGACCUCCGCCAAGCAACUCAUGUCCCCCCUUAAACAAGAAAUGCCCUUACCGGGAUUUGAACCCAGGACCUUUUGGUUGUGACAGUGCUAACCACUACACCACUGUGUGUUAGUUCCAAUGACACCCUUAUUUUGUUUGUUCUGGAUCACAGUAUCCAGAAUUUUGUCCGGAUCACCACCAAAAUGUAAUGGGAUCCUCCUGGGGUUGACAAGCACCUCUGGUGAAAGUUUCAGGUCAAUCCAUUUGUUACUUUCUCCGUAAAGUUGCUAACAGACAAACAAACAAACAAACAAACCAACGCUACCGAAAACAUAACCUCCUUGGCGGAGGUAAAAAAGAAAAGGUUAGAAAGGUAGAUUAUUUUUUAAACAGCCAACUCAUCUUUUUAAGACAGAGAGGUUGAAUACUUACGAAUAAUAAGUGCAUGCACAGGACACUUUUUCCAACAUAUUCUUGUUGACACAACCCAUGAUGCACUGUGGUUGUAUGGUCACACUCACCACAUUUAAACUACUGCUAGGAAAUAGUUUUUAAAUGAAGGUUCUCACAAAAUCCCCUUUAACUCCUAAAAUAAAAAAUCAAUGAGAAUCUUGACACAUAAUAGGUUUUCUGACACAUCAUCAUAUGAACCCAAACCCUAAUUAUGACCACAUUUUGAUGUUGAAAUCCCGAUGCUCACUGGGCUGUGUCUUUCAUUAUUGCUGGAUCAGCAAUAAUGCUCAUACUUAAAAAUGUUGAAGUCAAAUAAAUGAAAUCAAUGUAAUCGUAUGACCAAACAUGAAUCUUAUUUUUGAGAAAGUACAGUCUAACCAGGAUUUUUGAUCAUGUCCAUACUUUCACGUUUUUCCAUGAGCACUCUGACUGAAAACAUAGAUUUCCUCCCUAUUGCCGACAAAAAUCUCAGACAGCCAAAACCAUCAGCAGCAGGAGCAGACACCAGCAGAGAUGAGUGAGAAACUAUGUUUGGUUGCACUUUAAUUGUCUUUAUAAUGGUGUAUAGAGGAGAUGUUGAGGACAUUGGGAUGGAGGGGAUUAGAAGAUUAGGCUUAAACAUGAAUGUACAGCGACAAAAACAGACAACAACACCCUUGUUUAACCUAUAGAGUAUUCAUGCAGUAGGCAGCCUUGUUAUGCAGUAAGUAUUGACAUGUAUUAUGCUGAUUAGGCAUUUCACAUAUCUACAAAUACACGCAGAUUAACAAAGGAACUGUUUUUGCUGCUCGAUUGUUGUGUGUGAUUGAUGAGCUGUCUCACUCUGCUCAGAGCUGCAGAGUAAAGAUAGCGAGGCUGCAAACUGCGUACGCUUUUGAUAGCCUUAUACAAGAUUGUCCCAGCAGCCAGAUAGAGUCUCUACAGGAGGUCAGAACCUUGUACUAAGUAGAUGAAAUGACCGCACACAAGAGCUUCAUCUCCCUCUAUGUCUCAGUCUCUCUCCUACACAUUUGCACAUGCUGCUUUAUUCUGUUUCUCUCUCUCUUCUAUGAAUCACACAUGUCAACUUUAAAAGAAGCAGUCACAUAAAGAGAGGCGUUAUUGCACAUGGAGUUUGUGUAUUAGGUUUAAAGAGCAGCUGACGAGGCGUUGAUGCAUCAGGAGUCUCUGUUGACAGGCUGUUAAUGCGGCUCGGCACCGGGCAGAAUGGGCAGCGAGGGCGCACAGAGGAAGGGGAGGGAGAGUAAACUGUAAACCCACACUUAGCCUGAAUGGAGUUGUUUGUCACUAUGGGUAGCAAUUACUCGGACUGGCCUUGCUUUGAGUAAACCCCCUCAUCAGAAGUUUGCCCCCUCCACCAGGCCGGGAGGAGAAGGAGGAGGAGGAGGACAUGUUGACACAUUCUGCGGCCUGGUCCUCGUGUUUGAACACACUCAGGCCCAGCUUCCACCUGUUGACUCUUCCUCCCCCCCGUGUCUGUGUUUGAGCAGGCAGUGCUCAGCUCCAUCCGAACAGCUUAAGUUAAAAUAGUCACAGGUACCGAAAUGUGCAGAUAAGACAGGGCCCCAUGUCAUGGUCAGUGUCACAGCAGGGCUUGUUGUAGCUGCUGCAGCUUCACACAGGAUGCACUGACACAGCUGCAGAAAGAGGAACUAGAACAGGCUUUCCCAGCACUGGGGAGGACUCCACAUGUGUGACUUCUUAUACAAAAGAAACAGUGAAUUGUUACUGAUUUGCAAGUACAAGCAGAUCUUCAAGUAGUUGUCUGGUUUUUCACUUUGGAUCUAAAUUAUACUUUCUAACUCUCACCUUCCAAACAAGAUAAGCUAUUUUGCCCGAGUAGUUUCUUGUUGAAGGUGGAUAUUUUUUUUUUCUUUGGCUGAUUCAGUGUAGCCUUAGUCCCCAAUGAGCUCUAUGUUUGCCCGCCCUAACCGAAGAUGUUCAUCUCAUCGCAGGUUUGCCGCAUUCUGAUGACUGAAAGAGCAAGUAUAAAGCAGCCGACUGUGAACGGCAGGUACAGUAAGCUGCGUGGGAGAGUUCGCUCUGUGAUCUUGACAUCCACGCAUCAGUGAAACUUGUGGGUGCAGGGAGGACAGCUUUCAAAAAUGUCAGUUCCUCUUUCUAUAUUUAUCUGCUCAUGCUCCCCCUUUGCCUUGUCACUCUUUUCAGUUCAUUUGCACAUUGCUCGUGCAGCGUUUUGAUGUUAGAUGUCAAGCUGUCAGAAGGCAGAUGAGGUUUUGUUGACGGACAAUUGGUCUCUUGAUUCUUUCUGUUACGGUAACUCUGUCUGCCGUCUUUAAUGUAGCUGUUUGUUUUAUGUCAACAGACCUUCUUGCCAGGAAAGCUGUGAAUCAGACCCUAUUUCUCAGACUAAGGAGGCACUAUUAUUGCAUAACUAUAACAGCUGGGUUUGCACUGCUGUUGCAAAUUGUUAAUGAUACAUCAGCUCUAUAAAUGGUAUCACUUACCAAUCAGCGACUUUUACUCAAGGCCACACUAUUUUCCAUAAACACUACCCACUGAAAUCUAGAGACGCGGUUUCCUGUCAGCCUUACUCAUACCCAUCGAAAGUUUACUAUGCUGCACAAAAAGACAACAUUGCUUAUUAAUGCUUCAACCCCCAGAGCAAAGAAAUAAAUAACAGCGGUGCCGAGAGCCCAAGAAUGAUGAAAAAAAUGUAGGAAGAGGCUGCAAAGAGGGGGCUGUCGACUUCUGCAUGACUCUGAGAAAUGGUGGCUGAAAUAAGAGACAAAGAAGGAGGGAUGCUGAGAGACACAGAUCAGAUAUCACUACAGCUGAGGAUACUUAUUGAUGAGUAUUAACUCAAGACUGGCAUGUUCAACUCCAAUAGCAGAUCAGUUGGUUACGUGCUCCACCAGCGGUGUUAUAUCUGUCUUUAUGAAAAUAUGUGGAUUUAAGAAAAUUAAUGUCUUUUUUGCUGCUAUUCAAUAUGUUCGAGUACUAACAAAAUUGACUAUAUGUCAGGAUAUAUCAAUCUAAGUGUUAAGUGGGAAAGCUGGUGCAUUUUUUUUUUUUAAAUCCAGGUUAAAAUAUUAAAUACUUUCUGUCAUAAUCCAGUUGUAAAAGUGAGUGUUGAUCCAGAGCAGUAUUUUAGUCUUAGAGUUGAAAGCUCAUGUAAGUAUGCAAACAUACAUAAAAAGAUAAUGCACACAUGCUAAUAUAAAGCAGUUGUUGAGUAAUCUAUGAUCAAUUUAUUGAUUUUGGAGGUCAGCCUUAAACACAGGGUUCAUUGGUGUAUCUUUCAUAGUGCUGUGUCUGUUCUCAAAAAGCUGGUCAUGGUUACAUUUAAUUAGAAAAAAAUGUGAGUGCUUAGGUUCAUUAAUAUUGUAUGAUUUUUAAGGUAAAACAAUUAUGAAAAUAUGAAAAUAAACCUUUAAAUAUUUAUACAUUAAAUUAUCCGAAUUUGAUCUGCUAUUGAACAAUAUUUAUUUGUAUCGUACAGUGAGAACAGACCAACAACAAGGUGUUAAAUUAUGAUUUGUAACAUGAUUCACAGCAAAAUAGAUAUCUGGACUCUAACAGCAAUUGUGGAGAGAUGCUAGAAUCAGCUGUUAUCAUACAAGCUUUGUGUAUUGGUGAGGAUGUGCAUUAAGAUUUAUUAAAUAGAUAAGUUAAAAACAGAUGCAUGGUAUACUUGUGAGGACAUGAAUGAAAAAAAAGGAAUCCAGUGAAUGGAUUUAAAUCUACUAAAAGCCAGCUCUGGUGAGUGGGUAUGAGUGGGUAUAAACAGUUCUUCAAUGGAUGACAUAGUGUGUACAGAGGAUAAAUAAAUACUUAACAGACUUGUGUGUGCAGAACAAGAUUAGAAAGUGAAAGGCUUAAAGGCAAGGCAUCGGAGCAUUUGAUGACCUGAUGUCAGGACCAACCAAUCAACAGGCCCAAUAUAACUCCAGCACUGCUAGCAUUAAGCAAGGCUUUAAGCAAGUCCUUCAGCAUUAAAGGUUAUCCUCUAUCAAUGCACCUGCAUCAAAGUAUACUGGACAUUACUCUAGCAUCAUAAAGUUUGACUCAAAAAUAUUUAUCAGGAUAAAAAUGUUGAGGUCAGACUGAUGUCAAAUAACUUUAUGUAUUUACAUUUUCAAGUGGAGGUGGAGAGGGUAGUGAUGAUACAGCCACCUCCACCCAAGUCAACAUGCAGUUCCCAAAAGACUCAGCCCACUUGGGUAUGGGUCCUAUAUUUUGAGGUCCAUUUUUUUCUAAGUAAACACAAACAGGUACAGUAAUAAUGAGCUACAGUGGCUUCAUACACUAGGUGGGCUCCCUCCUAGAAUGGAUUUUGUUUCUAUCAUAACACCACAGCCAUAAGGACAGAGGAGGGUCAGUUUACUGGAAGACCACAGGUCUGAAAUAAUCCUCCCUCAGGACAGAGAGAACCCUCUCUGAAUGCUCCCAAAUCUGCCCGUUUUACUGCCUGUGUCUGCAGUUUACAGGGUGAAAGUCCAAAAAUAUGCCAUCUGUAUGGCUGUCUGUAAAUGUGCAAACCACUCAUUUGGUCUAAAUUAUAGUCUCUGGCUUCUCCAAAACAACAUGGAGUCUCUUAUGAAGCAUGAUGUUUGCAUUUUAGGUGUUUCUUGCCUUUGCAUAUUAUUGUAUAGAUGUGUGGGUGUCUUAUGAGUGAAACUCCCUCGUGUGACCAUACCACAGGGGAAAGCUUGUUUCCAUUUACUGUAAAUGAGUCCAGCUUUGCAUACCGUGAGCUUGACAUGUAGGCUAGAGAGUAAGCAUAUAGUUAUCUUUUAUUCCACUACCAUGAAAACUUGUUUUUACACCUUCAUGAUGGUUGAACUUUCCAUUUUGAUCCCAGUCUUCACAAUAUUUUCUCCUUGUUUGUCACUUGCAAGGCUGUUGAACCUCCUCCGAGCUACCCUCUAACCAGUCUGUGCGUCUGCAGCGCGGUCCCCGGCCUUGCUAAUCGUUACGUCUGUGUAGAGCAACUUUCCUGUCAAUCAUUGCCACAGUGGCACUUUUGUUCCCAGCCCUCUGCCCCCUCCCAUCCACCUUCCCGUCAGAAGCUCUCAGUCUGAGAAACACAAGACAAAGGAAUGACGGAUGGGUGAAGGUCCCUCGCAGGGAAGUACAGUAUAGAAGGUGUGUGCUGUAAAGGGUGACAAUGAACACAUUCAGGCAGACACAGUAACGAGGCUGGGCUAGAGAAGGCUGCAGGCUGUGAGAGAAGCCCAGCAUCAGGGCAGCACGGUCCCGUACAGCAGUCAGCCAGCAGCCGCACAGAGCCAGGGGUAAUCACCCAGUGCUGAACAACACUGCUAUUGAGUGGGAGCAAAUAAAACGAGAGACAAAACAGAGCAGAAGAGAAAGAAUAGAGGAACGUGGACAAUUCAGAGGCAGGAGAAGAGAGGGAAAAAAACAAGUGACCUGAGUAAAAACAAAUGAGAGGGUGUUUGACAGAUGAGGUUGAAAAGAAAAAGGGAAAGAAACAGAGCAGUCUCCUUAGAGUGCACAUUUUGAUCCCUCAGCGGUGUAGAAGCAUUUUUUAAUCAAAUCCCUGCACUUUUUUUUUUUAGCUGCGUCAUUACACAGAGCAAUGUAGGGGUAACCACAUGGUAGACUGUAAACUUUGUUAGCAACUGAAUCUCAAAAUGCACUCCAGUGCUGAUUUGGGGCUUCUGACCUGGUGUCAAGUUAUAGGCAGAGGUCUCCUCGUCUUUAAAAUAAACUUAACAGAUAAUUAAAACUGGAAAAUACACUUUGACAUAAAAAAUAAACACCUCUCUGACACAGGAGGCUCUGCCAGCUACUCAGCUGGUUUAAAGGGAUAUUCCAGCAUAAAAUAAGUUUAGGGUCAAACACACUGUGACAUCGAGUUAGACACCCCCUCAAGAGAUGAGUUUUGCCGACUGCUUGCUUCUCUAGUUAUACCAACUUUGGUAAUGACCACACGAUAGCAAUACACAGUGGUCUGAGGAGCUACACACAAACCUCAACCAAAACGCCACUCUAUAGCCACAAAUAAUGCUCAGAACAGCACCUAACUUCAUCAACAGUACAUAUAGGUUCCCAGCCAUAGUACUAGCCAUUUUCUUUUUACUUUGCCUAAUUUCUUUAGCAAAGAGACGAAACACAACUCUCCUACUCUCUCCCAGCAGCCGCUUGUUUGUAGCAAGACCUCAGGCCAGUACAUUACUGACUACAGCGGGUGAUGCAGCUCAAGGAAGAACAUUUAUGAUCAUUUCUUUAUCAUUUCCUUGGGGUAAUAAACAUCAUAUUAAUCAUUUUGCGCUGCAGACACGGUAGUUCUUCUGCCUUAGUGUUUCAGUCUAAUUGCAUUUCCAUGAAGUAAAAAUCAUACGUGUUUUUCCUUGAGCUGCAAAACUCCACUGUAGUCUGAAAUGGACUGGCCCGAGGUCUCGCUACAAACAAGCAGCUGCUGGAAGAGAGCGAGUUGUGUUUAGUCUCUUUGCUAAAUAAAUUAGGCAAAGCUAAAAAGAUGUUUGGUGGCUAGUACUAUGGCUGGGACCCUAUAUGUACUGUUGAUGAAGUUAGGUGCUGUUCUGAGUAUUAUUUGUUGCUAUAGAGUGGUGUUUUGGUUGAAGUUUGAGUAUGGCUCCUCAGACUUCUGUGUAUUGCUAUACUGCGGUCGUUAUAAAGUUGGUAUAACUAGAGAAGCAAGCGGUCGGCAACAUUCAUCUCUCGACGGUCGUCUAACUGGGUGUUACGGUGUGUUAGACCCUUAAUUAAUUUUAUGUCGGAAUAUCCCUUUAUUGAUUCCUUAGUCAUCAAACUCAGUUUUUCUCAGAACGGUCUACAGCCCUUUAUGUGGUUAGGAGUUUAAGAAGAAGUUGUGGGCUGUAAGUAGUAAGAAUUAUUUUAAUUCAAUAUUAAUUGGUAGUGUGCUCAAUAUACUGUAUUAUAGGUACAAGUGCGGCCUUGAACAGACUAAAAUAGGUUUAAUAAAAACUGAAACCUCAUUGCCAGAUAAACUCCAUAGAAAUGCUGUAUAAUUAAGCAUUUAGAGGGAGGAACUUAAUCUCUACACCUUGCAUGUCAUCCGUUUUGAGUCCCACCUGGUCUCCACGUGUUGCCUCACCCCCUGAUCAUACGACCGGCCAUCCACUCAUUCUGUGUGCCGACUCGUCGCUGUGUGAGUGUUUAUUUUAGAGCGUGUGACUCACACUUCCUGUGCUCUGCCAAUAAGGCGAGGCUGUAUGGAACAGCAGGGGCUCCGUUCAUUCUCAAUUCUCUCUUUCUCUUUCUUUUUCUCUCUGCGUCUCUCCCUCUCUCGUGCUGCAACACUGAUAGGAGCAGCCGGAGUUCUGCGUAAUGCGGGGGUUUGCUUGAAUGGAUGCCACUCUGGAAUCCAUUAUACGGACGCAGCACAGUGACACUCAGUCUGCAAGUGGAGGGGAUAUUUUCAAGGAGAUAUAAGGAUUAUCACUGAGGGAAACUGCUGCAUCUGCCCCGAUAGAUAACUGCUGAUAAUGAGGGGACUGUUUUAAGGAAUAGCCUUCAGAGCUUGGUGUUUCGGGGAAACCCUUGCAAAACCAGCCUUUCCACUGACAGUGUGUCACCAACAAAAUAAUGCAUAAAACUGGAAAUACUCCUGUUUCUGUGGGUGCAUGGUUGUCUCCUUAUCUUGGUUUGCUGUGUAUUUUGGUUGCAUCAGAAAUAACAAGAACAUGACAAUUUGAUGCUUUUACUAUAGAUCCAAAAAGGAUGCUCUUAUCAGGCGCGAUGGGAAUAUGAGUUUUUAUUCAUUUCUUCCUGAUGCUGCAUCUUCAACCCCCCUGUACAUUUGUACAGUGGAAAUAUUCAUUUAGUGUGCUCCUCUCGCACCCUCCCUCUUCUGCCUUACCCCCAGCCUCUCUCUCUCCCUCCCUCUCCUUCUCUCUGUCUCUCUCUCUCUCUCUCUCCCUCUCUCCUUCUCCCUCUCUCAGCAACACACCCACUCAAACAGUCAUAUCCGCUCUCACUCUCUGGCUCUCCCUGCUUGUCUCGCAGUGCCUGUGAAGCGUCUCUGAGGGGGAAGACCAGACUGCUCUGUCAGGUAAUCCAAACUCAGCCCCCCCACCCCCCCCCACCCCUUCUCUCUCCUCACUUCACUUGCUUCCUUUUCUUUCUGUCUUCCACCACCUUCACACCUGUCUCUGUCUUCUUCCUCCCUCUCUUCCCUCUUCCUUUUCCUCCUUUUUGUCACUUGACUCGUCAGCUGUGGUUAAUGAGAUGUAAUGAGUUAAUGAGUCUACUUGCAUAGACUUUGUUCAUUCAUUUGUUACUUUUACAAGAAUUUUUCAUUUCAGACUUCAUCAUCUGGCACACAAGCACCUUGAAGGGAUAGUUGGAUAAAAGUUUGUCCUUCAUGUGAAUGUAGAAAAUUGGUUUCACUUUCCUUAAGUUCAUGUCCAAGGAUGUCACUUCUCAUAUGGACACUGUUGUACAAAGGUAUUUUUAAGCCAGGGAGACUUCUCUAAAAUUGUGUACUGUAUAUUCUAAUGGAGAGAUGUUGAUUUUUUUUUUUUUGGUCAACGAUUUCUUUCCUUUUCCUGAAUUAAUUGAAUUUUUAACGAACUUUUCUGUUCUUGAGAACUAUCAGCACUUUCCCAGUCAGAGGUUAAGCAAUGAGGAAAAUGAGACGACGAAACAUUGCGACAACAAGCUGAUGUUUUCCAUUAGUGAAGGUUCUGGUGAGGAAGAUGGACACCGGCCUCUUGCACUUUAAUCAAAGUUGUGACAAGUUUAUUGUUUUCGCAGAUGACCACGUCGCCUAUAGAGCAGAUUUACCUUCGUUAGAGUUGUAAUUAAAAGUUUCAGCACAAUCUCCUCCUGCCGCCAAUGUGUACUUUACCCGGCUUCUCUAUGUCGAUCCCUCUUACUUUAAAGGCUGUGUUGACCUGCAGGUUACAGGCUUGUGUUUAAUCAAAGUGAACACUGCAGUGGCUGUGAUCUGCUAGUCUUAUCAAAGCCUUGUGAAAUCCCUCUCAGCACCCUCAUGCCUCAGAGGUGCAGCAAUCCCGAGGAAACAUCCCUCGCAGAGCUGAGAGAGUGAGUGAGUUUGUGUGUGAGAGUGAGUGUGUGUGUGAGUGAGUGAGUGAGUGUACGAGGGCUCUGGUAUGUGGUGUUUUCUCAGACUGCGUCCUCUUAUGUGCACAGCUACCUCUGUCAGCAGUGAGAUCCCUGAGUGAGUGCAAGUGUUGGCCUCUUGGAUUUUCUGCUCUUUCUGGCAUCUGGUUCUGUCCUCAAGAUUUUCUCUCCCAGUUUCUUUGAUACUGUGUCUCCCUGUGGUUCUGAGACGAGUUGGUGUGACUCUGGGACUUGAUUGACAGCUCUGUUUUUGUAGCUGGUGACACAGGAAGGAUUGUGAUUUAACUUUCUUUAUGCAGAGCUGCAGAAUAGAACUGCACAAAAAAAUGCAAUUUCAUCCUUCUUGCAAUGUUGGUAUUUAACACAUUGCUUAAGCCUAGACUUUUUGCAAUAAAAAGGAAAAUUACAGAUUUGGGCAACUGGAUGGAGACCUGAAUAUAACUGCCAUGCUUUCACACUAUUUUGGUACCAAGUCUGUGAUAAGAUAAAUCCUGCAGUUUGGAUUACAGUUUUGAACGUGGUGUGGCUUCGCUGAGAUUUUGUGGUUUGCAGCCGAAGCUGUCAAAGAGAGUUCUGCAUGUGUUCAUGUGAUGUAAUAUCAAUCAGUUGUCAGUCAAGGGGGUUAGAUGUCAAAGGUCAUGCCAACUUGUCAAUACAUGCAGAGGCCAAACAUUUCACUUCUUGCUUCCUGCUGCCACUGUGCGUAUGUAGUCAGAAAGGAUGCUGGGAGAUAAAUUUAGACCUCCAGCUCCCUCUCCAUCUGCCGUUGCUCGGAGUAGGCUGGUUUCCAUGGGAACCUGCACCGGGCUGCUGCCAGUAACAGAGAAAGGGGAGAGCGACUUGAGUGUGUGUGUGUAUGUGUGUGUUUGUGCAUGUGUUUUGAGGAGGGGUAUGACAGCAGAUUUUUUAAAAACCACUUCAGAGGGUUUAUGUGUUCCCAGGGCACGAGGUAAUUUAAUGUUUAGCCCAUAUUUCCAUCCGUCAUUACUGGCUGCAUGAACACCUCAGGGUAUUGAUGAGGAAAUGAACACAAACUGCCGGCCGUACUCUCCCGCGCAUGAUAAUGAAGUUUUUACUGUAAAUCUGCUGCAAAGCUCCGGCGCUGAUUAUUGAGCUAGAGUUGAGCUAAAUGUUAGCUUUAUUGGAUUUAGUGUAUUAGGAGUAUAACUGCUGGAGUUAAUACACUCAACAGAGAGGAUGGAGGGAGACAGAGUGUUUGUGACAGCAUGGACGGGGAGUUUGAGAUCCUCUGUGUGUCAGGGCUCCCUGGGGUACCUGCUUCAGAGUCUGUUUCUGCUGACCAGGCACGCACAUCCACACACAUACAAACACAUGUAACAGAUAUAUUCCAUGCUCUCUUUGGACCGGCGGGUAAUCACAAUUACGAAGGAUUGCACGAUAAGAGAAAAACAUGCAAUAGCUCACGUAAACUUUAUUCAGCUGCAUCAAAAUGACAGGAGAACAUGACCAUUAAACUCAGACCUCCAUCUGGUAGUUUGAGUAUACACCUGGAGAGGUAAAAAGUGUGAUCAGAUCAGUUUUCCUGAAACAGGGUUGUACAAUGCACAUUUCAAUUGUUGGUGUAUUACCCACAGGGAAAAACUCCCCCAGACCCUGCAGAAAAGUAAGGCUGUCAACUGCUGCAGGUGAGGUCAACUGUACCAUGUAGUUAAGUUCACGUAAAGAAAGUCUAAAACAGUAAUAUCAGUGUUAGUGUGCUCUAUUCAGACCUUUACUUCGAUCUCAGAAAGCCACUUUAGCAACAUUUUCUGAUGCAGCAAAUACAUGUUCCUCAGCUUGCAGUGCACUGAUCAGCUCUUCUAUAAUGUUGCCUCUUUUCAUUGGAGUUAUACUGUAAGUUUCUGUAUGAGUUUGAGAUUAUUUAUGUGCCAGAAUCUGAACAGUCUCUGGCUCGCAAUUUAUUAUUUUAGUUGAAUCUUGUGUUUCUACCAAACGCAGUAUAUUUUGAUCAGAGCCAGACCAACAUGUAAUGCAGACUAUUGGUUGUUUCAUUCUGGAUUAGAAAAUAGUGCAGGUGUAAAACUUACCUUAAAGCUGCACUUACAUUCAGUUUUUCUGGUUGUCUAACUUAGGGAUAAAACGUUGGCGUUCAGUGAGGCAGGGAACUCUGUAUGACUGAUGCAGACUGAAGCCGUAUGUCAGCUGCUGGUGUCCUCUGAUUCAGAGAGGUUCUGGACGACUACAACCAAACCAAGUCUCACCAGAGACAGCAGUAGCUCUUUUGGUUCCUGGACAUACAGACUCAGAGUUUACACAAAGUUUCUCUCCUUUCUCCUUUAGUCUGUUGAGGCUCAUUUUCCCUCUCUGUGCUGCAUUAGUUUUGCUGUUUGUUUUCCUCUCGCUUGGUCCUGAAAGCUUCAGACUUAAACAACUGAACAGUUUUCACCAGCUGCCAACUAGAAACUGUGUCCAGGCAGACCAGCUUCUCUUGUGAGUAGCACCUUAACUAGAUAAGUACCGAAUAUAACCCCACUUUAGAGACACUCAGCUGUCCGUAUGACUCUCUUUUUCAUAACAAAUCAAUGUCGGUUGUCUUGACUUAACACUAGGUGAUGGAUGAACAUGAUUUGUGUACCUAAAAAAAGGCUUAACAACUCAUUAUGUCAUGUUAUGUGGUCUUGCUCCUCAGUGACCUGCCUAUUGUUGUGUUUUGUAUAUCCCUGUACGCUGACCCUUUGACCACAUGACAACAAAAAAUGUGUGGACUAAUGUCUGCUUUGACCUCAUUUACCUUUUGUUCCUGCUUUUACCUGAGCACAGUUAAGACCCCGUCUCAAAACAACUGAAUUGAUAUUGUUUUGAAGAAGAAUUACAUCUUCACUGACUAGAUAUAGGUAAGGUUUUAAGUUAAACGAGGGGAUAUUCCUUCUGCAUUAUACUUCUGCAUUAUACAUGAAGGAUCACGCUCAACAGAUUGAGACAGCAAAUUAAGGUGUGUGCUUAGAUCUUAGAUGACAUCAAGAUAGAAGCUUUUGAAAUGCAGAGUUUAUAAUGUUGUUGUCUGAGUAGGAAUCAAAUUUACAAAGCAUGUUAAGCAGUAUUAGGUCCUGUGUUGCAGAAUUACAAAAAGACUCAGACCAGGGCACAAGUCAUGCACAUCAGCAAGAAAGGUAUGAGAAGAAGCACAAAGAGUUUGUUUUGUGGCGUAUAAACACUUGGGUUUCUUGCUUGAUGAAUUUAUGAACUGUGAAGUUGGUGUCUUGUCCAUUCUGCUAGGAAAGCUUUGGGAUCUAUAACCAACAUAGUGAAAAUACUUAAAAAUCAUAGAUAUGCAUUUUGCCUACUCUCCACUGUAGGGUGCAUGAAUUAUGAGCAGUGAGGUGUGGGGUGGGAGAGUGAGGUUUGAAAGACCACAAAACUGUAGAUCCUUUUUAGAAUAGAGCUAUUCAGUAUUCCUAAAGGGUUUUGUAGAUUUACUCCAGUCCAAGCUGCUGAGGGAGACAUGAGCUCAGUACUGGGAUCUGAAUCAUUUCACAAAAAUUUGAAAAGAUACGAUGUGGGUCUGAGUAAUAAAAAUGGCAGAGCACACAAAAAACAAAAGUAUGUACGUAUUUUGCACAAUAUACUUGAAGCUCCUGUGAGAAACUUUGCGUUUUUGUCCAUUUUGAACCUCCUGUGGAUGAAGCAGUUUUUGUUUAGCUUAUAAUCUGCGCUUAAAGGUGGGGUAGGCAGGAUCUGAGAAAGUGCUAGUUUUGGGGAGACAUCUUGAAUGUAAGCAUGACCCCUCCCAACCAGUUUUCCCCUCAGCUCCUCCUCUCCCCUUGGUCUCUGCUCCAGAAAGCCCUGCCCACAAACAGACGCUCCUGCUCGCUUGCAUCAGUUCAAUCAAAUUCAUAUUUAAUGCAGAUAAAUACUUCAGAUAAUUAAAAAUGGGGCCCAGUCAACGUGAAAGUAAACAGAAUUGGUGCUACUGUAGAUGCCAACAGACGACCAGCAAACACAAUGUUUGCAGGACUUCUACAACUAGAAUAAAGUGACAUAGUCCAGGACCUGAGUAUAAACAGUUUAGUGGCGCUACAACAUGCAGCAGGUCCCAUUUGACAAGAAACACUUUUGUUACACUUGGCUUACUUUGUUAAAGCGGUUUACCUGUCAAGCAGAAAGGUUACAGGGUCGGUAAGAUCCUGAAGCGUCCCCCAUCAUUGUUGACCCGCUUUUUUUAGCUCUUGUCCGGUCUACCUCCUUUUUAGGCUCCCAAUAUUCUGCCAGAGUCUCUGGUAUUUACUUUGUUUUCUUGCUUGUGUUGGCAGUUGUGGCUAAAGGAGGAUUCAGACAAUUUUCUGUACUUUCUGGUUGGUUUCUACUGUCCGAUAUUGUAGCACGCUAACUUUGUUUGGGCUCCUGAACGACACGGGGGAGCAGCGUCUGCCUCGCAACCAAUCAGGUCGGGGGAGGCGGGGAAUGGCUUUGUUUACAGUCAGAAAGAGCGGGCCGCUCAAAAAUUUUUUAAAUGUUGGACUACACAGACAUAACAAAACACAGUGAUAUUGUUAUAUUACCGAAUGUCAUUAAUAACUCAUAGCUAUUCACUAAUAUUAAAAGCUUUUUUGUAUGUACACCACAAAAAAGAUGCUCCUUUAAAGGAUUCCUGCCUACCCCACAUUUAAGUAGUGUCUUCAGACAUAAAAUCUCAUCAUUCUGAUUUUUGACUGUAAAUUGAUCAGUUUUAAUGUGAAAGAUGUAAAAACAGGACUGUUUCUCCAGCUCCCAUACAAGUUUCAGGCAUUAAAAAUUAGGAUAUAGAAAUAAUCAAUCUUGUUUCUGCUGUUCUUAGUUGCUUUUAUAUGUCCUCAAAUGCAUGUAUGUGAAUUUCAGUCCAUUUCAUCAAUGUCUACAAAACCCUCACAGGAGCUUGAAGAGUUCAGGAAAUCCUGCUUCAACAGUCUGAAAUAUUGAGGUGGCCAGAUGAGCAAAUACUAGAACAGCUGUUUAAGUUUAAGGUGUUUGAAUGAGCAAAUUUGGUCCUGGAAAAUUAGACCAAAAAAUCUGUUUUUGUUUUUUUCAUUUUCUUUUGUUGCAUGCCAAUGAUCCUCUAUGAAAUGUAAAGGUCAUGGUCUCAUAUAAAACCAUGUAGGCUUGGCAUAUACAGUGAAAUGUAUGUAUGUUUGACACAACACUUCAAACUGGUUUGACAGAUUCAUAAAGCCUGUGAGCGAGUUUUCUACAGGUGCUCUUCUCAUUAUAACAUCUGUGACUGUAGCGUGUGUGAGUCCACAUCGUUGAGUGUAAAAGGUGCCGUGAACAAGUCAUGCCUGUGGAAUGAGGAUGAUGAGGGAGGAAAGCCCCUUGUCAGACAGCAGGAGGACCGGCUGACUGGAAUUGUAGAGGGUCACCUCAGGGCGCUGUGGCUGAUUUGCUGGUUUGAUGUGUCAGAGUAGAUUUAGGACUGAUGUUUUGUGAGUGGGUUUACUCUGGGCAGUGCAGUACUCUUCACUGUAUGUGCGCUGUCGUGAAUGUGUGUGUGUGUAUGUGUGUGUUUCAGCUUUUGUAGGCUCGACUCUUGCAUUCCUCUCCCUUGUCUUCCUGGCAAGGCUCUGACUGUGUGUUUCCCCGCUCAGAGCUGGCAGUCUAGACGGCCAUGAAUAAUGUAAGCAAUGCUCUCCCAAAACCUUAAAACCAUCUAAUCGGCCUGUUUAAGGGCUGCAUCAACUGCUCUGCCAGAGAUCAUUAAACUUACACCCUGAUAACCAACUACAUGAAAAAGACAUUCAUUACAGCAGGAUUGGGAAGGACAAUUUGUUGUUUUUGUGUUUUUCCUCUGCUGCUCGAUUCUAUUUUCUAUGCACAGCAUCCUCCUUAUUCUCCUUCAUAUCCAGGCCCACUCUCUUUUUUGCACAUUUCGUCGCCCCCUCCCCCAAAUAUAUAUCUACUGUUUCUUUAUUCUAAUCGUUUCACCGCCUAAAGCUUGCCCAAAGUAAAGCUUGUUCUUAAUCGUCAUUAUCUCUUUACCUAAGUCAUCCUCAUGUUUUCAUAGAGAGUCCUGUAUUACUCUGGAACAACAACUCAAGGCAGUAAAAGCUCUAGCUGGCACCACCUACAAGACUUCUCCACAGCAGUGAAUUUUAAUUGUGUUGAUUUGCUUUGUUACACUGCCUAAUUGCUCGGUGCUGAUGGUGAAAGUCUGCUGUAAUCAUAGUGCUGGGCUGCCUGGAGGAACACACACUGAACAGAUGAUCGGCUCUCAACAGAUGUGGGGGAACGUAGAGAUGGGAGAAUCUGUCAAGUUGUUUCCGAGAGGAAGACCGACUCUCCUCUUUUCUUUCACUGUAAACUGACUCUAAUGAAGGCUGACUGUGCAGGGUUUAUUUUAGACACAUGGUGAGAGCAAAAGUGUGGCUCAUUAAAGAAAAAACUUGUCAGUGCUGCCUCACUACCACAGGCACUGUAUGCUGCAGUCUUCGUCUGGACCGGUUCAUUCAGCCAUUAGAUCGGUGAUUCACUUUUUAAAUCUUAUUUUGCUCUGUUUUUCACUCCUGCUCCCCAAUGCAUUUUUUUGUAAUAUAGCAUUAAGAAAUAGUUAAUAAGCCACUUAUAAUUCCUUAUAAGGUGCUUAUAAACAUCAAUAAUCAUCAAUAAGUGUUACUAAAGCAUAAUAUACACAGUUAUUAUUAGGGCGAUCCCGAUACGAUAUUGAUAUCGGUCCAAUAUCAGCCAAAAAACAAACAUUGGAUUAUAUCAGCCUGUAUCUAAAAUCUCCAAUAUCAGCACUCCAAUACAAGCAGUCUAUUCCAGACUCCACUCCAGCACCUGCCAGCAUGUGAUCACAACAACAGUGUGUACUAAGGUACUAACAAAGUAGCAAGGAGUAAGAGUGAUGUCGGCUGUGUGGCAGUAUUUUUCGCUAAAGUCCAAAAAAAAAACAUUGCAGCUGAGUGCAAAACUUGUCAUGCACAAGUUUGUGCCAAAAUCAGAUCAAUAUCAGUUAUUGGUCAAUACUGAAGGCUACAGUAUCGGUAUUGUAUCAGAGGUAAAAAAGUUGUAUUGGGGCACCUCUAGUUAUUAUUCCUUAUGAGACACUUAGAGACUCUCAUUAGAGACGUGGAAAGUGUUUAUAUACCUGUAAUAACCAUCAAUAGGAUGCUUAUUUAUCAUGAAUUAGACUUUAAAAGAGUUCAUUAAAAAUUGAUCAUUUCUGUUAUUAGCUUUUGACACACUUGAUAGAAAACAGGAUACCAAUCACAGUAUAUACAACUUUUAAAAUGUAGAUAUUUUUCAACAUGAAUGAUGUACAAGCCUUUAUGAUAAUUAUAACUAACAUUUGUUAUAAGUUAUUACUUAGAAGCCCCUGUAUAAGCUCACAUCUGGAUCAUGUUGAUAAUUUAAAUACCACUUUUCGACUUAAGAUAUUGUUACACUAAUAAACAUUCCAAUGAUCAGGGGCAUUUUGGCCUGUUUUCAGUGAUCAGUGGAUUUUUUUAGGCCAAUAUUUGACACCACAUGUAAGACACUACAUGGUACCAAUACAGGUACAAGUUUAAGGACGACUCUGCUUCCACCUCUCUAUACUCAGUUUCUUAACCCCUGUAUGUGUGAACUAAUAGCAGCUCUCUAUGUCCUCUUAUCUGGCUCAUUCUUGGCUGACACAGGUGGUGCGCGCUGUCUACUUCAUCACAAAGAUCCAUAGCUGUAAGGUGAACACACUCCCUCAGAGAGCUGUGAUCUCCAGAGCCUGAGCUGGGGGGAGCGUUGGAGUACUCUCAAUAUCUAAGACGAUGAUUGAUACUCAGUAUGAGUUUGCACAGAGACUGUCAGCGGUUGGGCAUGGCUGCUCAGUGAAAAUGUUAUGAUUGGCCUCAUCCAUUCCUAGAAUGUGUUUUGAUUGGCUGUGAUACAAGAGCCCCCUCCUGGAGUUGAGACUGAGUGUAGGCUUUGUCGUAAGUGGGACAUAUUACAGAGCAUACAUCUUGAUAAAAGAGGAGAUUUCAUCGUACCCUGAUUGCCUACUCUUAGCUCCUCACAAAUACAGUUCUCUAGCAGUGUGUGAGCUGGAACUAUUACGAUAGAUUAAUCUUGAUACAAGUCUUUCACAGCAGGCUGUGUAACGAGCCAAAGUCUCGGCCCAAUCAGAAACACCGCACCCUGGUGGUAGGACAACCAGAGCUAAGGACAGACAAGUUUCUUUAUUCACUACAGCAACCAUUCCUCUCUUUUAACUCCUAUCGUGCUGGAUCACAAAAAUAAAAGCUGUGUUUCCAACAUUUGUUUUGACUUUUCGCUCUGACACUGUGGUUGCCUCUCUCGUUGCUUUUCCUCUGGAUUUUGCCAGGCUGGUUGUCUGACUCCUGGAGUUCAGGCAAGUUGUGAUCAAACACUAAUCACGUGUUUCGGAAGAGGUUCUUUUUUAUUUUCCAAAAGUUUUGUAUUUUUUUGUUAUGUGUUCAUAUAAUGUCUGAUCAUGCUCAGACAUUAAGGAAAAUGAUCAGAUUUAUUGAGGUCUAAAGGGCCUCUGUUGCCCAAAUCACUGUCUGUUUCAAGACAACUGAAGCCAGGGCAGCAUUAAGAGAGCACUAACAUGUUGAGAAAGCACUUGCCUUGUUUAUGUACAACAAUGAUCCAACUUAUUACUUCCUCUUUUGAAUUUUUGACAUAUUAUAAUGCAUGGGGGCAAUGUUUCAUAGAAAAUUAGAUGAUAAGCUCUCCCGAUAUAAGCCAUCUUCUCUACAGUGAUGACUCUUUGUCAAACCAUGUCACAGGAUUUUAUACUCCCCUUGGGUUUUACACAGAGAGGAUAUUCUUCACAGGACAGGGCAGAAUCUUUCUUUUUAGUUUUUUAUGAAGAAAAGUUCAUAUUACUGUGUUUCCUCUCAAACUGAGAGAAAAAAUGUGUAAUUCUGGCAGUACUUAGUGACAAAAUCUUGUUUAAGAAAUCCAAUAAAUGCAUGGAUUUUUUUCCAUUUUUGACAACCAGAACUUUUUUUUUCUGUUUCUCCAGACCCAUUCAGAUGCUGAGCGGCUACCACAACAAACAAAGGAGAUGCAAGGAAGUCUUUGAGAGAGAUGUUAGGAUGGCUGAGGCUGGACUGCAGCGAGGCUACCUUGGACAGAGAGAUGUUUCAUGUUUACGUGCAUCCAUGCAGCUCCAGGGCACCGUCUAAUGAUGCCUCACUUGGUCCUUCGUGAAAACUCUUGGCCCACACUGAAAAAGGCCCUCUUUUGUCAUUUAAAACUCAGUCUGCUGAUGAACCGCUGCCUCUGACCUCGCUGCCAUGCGGUUAGUCUCAUGAGGCUCAGGGAGACUUACCUUGUGUGUUUUUAAGGCCUCCUCCCCACUCUAUGGAGGCUGAGCCUAGCCGUCCAGCUGAUGGGGAGCGCCCUGGAAGACAAGAACAGCAGCAUGCCACAGCUGAGUCCUCACUAGGAUCUUGUCCACCACUGCAGCCCCAGCAGCCUCCGAACCCUCGGCCUGUACACAGAGCCUUGGGCCGCCUGCAGAGUCGGCAACCAAAACGCACUGACCUUCUGCUUAGGUUACAGCAGCAGCAAGCAGUAGCAUGGCAGCAUUCAGAUACUCCAGGUACCUCAGGAGGAAGCUUCUGCUCUCCAACCCCCUCAUCAACCUCAUCCCUCCCCUCUACUUCCAGCCAGGGUGAGCAUGGUCAUGGAGUCCCAUCUCAGUCAAGCCAAGAAAACCCUGAAGUGGUUAGCUCACCCAGAAAAGGGGAGAAAAAAAACCCAAAACCAGGGAAAUAUGUGUGCUCUUAUUGUGGCCGUCCAUGUGCAAAGCCAAGUGUUCUCCAGAAACACAUUCGCUCUCAUACAGGAGAAAGACCCUACCCUUGUGGCCCCUGUGGCUUUUCUUUUAAAACCAAGAGCAACCUGUACAAGCACCGCAAGUCCCAUGCCCAUCGAAUCAAAGCAGGCCUGGCGUCCAGUCGCGAUGAGCCCAGUUUGAGUGGACCAGAGGGUAGCGGUGUCGGAGAGGAGCCUGAGGAACAUACAGAAGGAGAAAGCACUGAGUCUGAAGAAGAGACGGGCCAACACAAGAAAUCCUCCUCAAAAGAAAUGCUGGGCCACCAAAGAAAAGGUAGCAAGGAGCCACUGGCUGGCUUGGAGGAGAGCCAGAGACCUGAAGAUUCCCAGGCUGUCAAGCAGAGGCUUGCACUCAGGCUUAGUGAAAGGAAACGUGGCCCGAUGGCGUCCCCAGAUGACCCUCCUUCCUCUCUCUCCACCUCAUCUUCUUCCCUUGGCCCUGGGAGUAAAGGCAGCACAGAAUCUGGCUACUUUUCUGGAUCAGGUAGCACUGACUUGUGCCAGGUUAGCCCUCCCAGUGCCAGUGCCAAAUCAUAUGCAGAAAUUAUUCUUGGGAAAUAUGGAAGGCUGGGAGGGCAGCAGCGUAGUCCCCAUCAACAGCAUCCUCAUUCUUCACUUUCAUCAUCCUCAGGGACAGAGGACAAGAGCAUACCUUUUAAUGUACCCAAAACUCAAGUCAUUGAACACAUCACUAAGCUCAUUACCAUCAAUGAAGCUGUAGUAGACACCAGUGAGAUUGACAGUGUCAAGCCAAGGCGCUCUUCUCUAUCCAGGAAGAGCAGCUUAGAGUCUCCUAAAUUAUCUACCCAAAAAGACCCCUACAUAUUUGAUCCCAAAGGAGAAGUCCCUGGCCCCAGUGGUUUGGGGCACCUUCGCAAUCCUGAGGCAGAGCCAUCAGGAACCCAAGAGCUGUCAGCAGUCCCUCUGCUCAGAAGCCACUCAAUGCCAUCACCUACCAGCCAAGGAGAACCCACCACCUCUGGCACCAUGUCCCCCAGAAGUUACCGUCUCUGCCAGUCAUUCGAUGAACAGCAAGCAGUCGUAGCAGAGAUGAGAGUCGGCCACGCCCAGCGUAUGCUGCGGCGCCAACCUGCCAUAGAAGUCCCAAUAGGAGCUGAGGUAAUGCUUGAGGAGGCCAGUCCCACUUCUUCCACCUCAGCCAGACGCUCUGAAUUAGCCAGACAGCCACGACAACAACAGCAACAGCAACAGCAACAGCAAAGAAGUCCAAGCCUGUUUGUAUGUGAAGCCUGUGGGGCCCCUUUUCACUACAGCGAAGUCUAUGAGGCCCACAAAGGCCUGUGCCCUGUGCGGAAAAAAGCAGAACAAAAGAGCAGGGAUGAAGGCAAAACUUCCAGGGAGGAUCGCCCCCAGAUGAUGAUGCACUAUAAAUUCAGAGCACUUGCAAUGGCUGUGAGAAAGAGGAGGAAAGAGGAGAGUCUGGAGGAAGAUCCUCCAAGCCCUGGAUCUGUGGCCAUGUCAGGCAGCUCUGCAGGACUCACUCCUGUGCCAAGCAGACCAGAGCACAGCCAGGUCCUCUCAGGUUUGUUUAUGGAUCCUUGCAGUAGCUACUACAGUGAUAGCAUGAGCCUUUGUGAGUGAUACAUCUCUCAUUGUUAAUAAUGGUCUUCUAUACUCUGUAAAGGGAUAUUCCAACGUAAAAUUAAUUUAGGGUCAAACACACUGUAACACCAAGUUAGACACCCCCUCGAGAGAUGAAUGUUGCCGACCACUUGCUUCUCUAGUUAUACCAACUUUGGUAACGACCACACAAUAGCAAUACAAAGCGGUCUGAGGAGCCAUAAACAAACCUCAACCAAAAGGCCACUCUAUAGCCACAAAUAAUGCUCAGAACAGCACCUAACUUCAUCAACAGUACAUACAGGGUCCUAGCGUCAGCACUAGCCACCAAAUAUCUUUUUAGCUUUGCCUGAUUCCUUUAGCAAAGAGACUAAACACAAUUCACCCACUCUCCUCCAGCAGCCGCUUGUUUGUAGCGAGACCUCAGGCCAGUCCAUUACAGACUGCUGUGGGGUAACGCAGCUCAAGGAAGAAGAUUCAUGAUCGUUUAUUCAUGGAAAUGCAAUCAGCAGAAAUGAUCAUAAAUGUUCUUCCUUAAACUGCGUCCCCCCCACAGCAGUCUGUAAUAGACUGGCCCGAGGUCUCGCUACAAACAAGCAGCUGCUGGAAGAGAGUGAGUUGUGUUUAGUCUCUUUGCUAAAGAAAUUAGGCAAAGCUAAAAAGAUGUUUGGUGGCUAAUGCUGACGCUAGGGCCCAAUAUGUACUGUUGAUGAAGUUAGGUGCUGUUCUGAGCAUUAUUUGUGGCUACAGAGUGUUGUUUUGGUUGAGGUUUGUGUGUGGCUCCUCAGACUGCUGUGUAUUGCUAUCAUGCGGUCAUUACUAAAGUUGGUAAAACUAGAGAAGCAAGCGGUCCCAAACAUUCAUCUCUCAAGAGGGUGUCUAACUAGGUGUUAUGCAAGAUAUGCAUGAUAAAUCAAUCGAUGUAGAAAGAGGCAAAGACAGCUCUGUGAAAUUACAAAAUACACGCAAAAUUUAAAAAAACUGUCACAACUGACAGGCAGUACACCAGUAUGGCAUGGUUGAAAAUCAUAUGUUUGUUUUGUUUAUUUCUAGGUGUUCCUUUACAGACUGAUCCAAAACCACAGCAAGACAGAAAGGGUGUGUCUGUGAUCCAACACACAAGCUCGUUUGAAAAGCAAGAGAGCAUAUCCACAGAAAGUCAAGAAGCAGAGCUCAAAGAGAGUCAGCAAAGGCAACAACCUGAGCCAAAACCAUCACCCACUACAUCUCGCCUCAUACGCCAGCCGAACAUCCAAGUGCCAGAGAUUCUUGUUACUGUGGAGCCUGAUGCUGACAUGCCAUCUGUGUCACCACCAGUAACGGCAUCCUCGUCCAAGGUAUGCAUUUCAGUAGCAUUUGGUUUCAUAUGUUAAAAUAUUGAGCAGAUUUUCCUUGCUUCUGUUUGCAUGUGUCAUCCCCAAAACAAAGCCCAAAAUAAUUGUUUUAUGUGAAAUACAUGUGUAAACUCCUUUAUAUGAGUCCCAAUUUCCCCUGUCGGCAUUAGCAUCUCGAGACAUAUUUAGACAUACCUACUUAUCGUUUAUCUCUCCUAGGAGGGAGAGAGGGUGGAGGAGUUCCAGUGGCCUCAGCGUAGCGAGACUCUGGCCAAGCUUCCAGCAGAGAAGCUGCCACCAAAGAAGAAGAGACUUCGCCUGGCAGAAGCAGCCCAGUCUUCUGGCGAGUCAAGCUUUGAGUCUGUGUCUCUGCCUCGCAGCCCCAGUCAAGAGAGCAACAUCUCACACACGUCAAGCCUUUCUGCUUCUUUUGAGGACACGGCAAGAUCAGAUCCUGUCAUCUGGGCAUCCAGUAGCCAAAGUUCCCAGAUGUUGAUGGUACCAUCAGCUUCCCACCAACACCACCAAAGCCAAAAGGAGAUGAGGCGCUCAGCCUCCGAGCAGACCCCACCUAGCCCCCAACAAACAGAGCAGAUCUCAGAGACUAGAAGUAAGUCAUUUGACUAUGGCUCCUUGUCUCCUCAGCAGUCUUCAUCUUCCUGGAAAGAGAGGAGGAAAUGUCUUCUUGUGAAGCAUGCCACUCUUGGGGAACCUGAGCAGGAGGAGGGAACCAGCAUGAGUCACUUGUCUAGAGCAGAAAGUCACUUGUCUAGACCAGAAAGUCCAAAGCCUGGGCCUUCCCACUCAAUCCAUCCACCACCCUACUCUACUGAGGCGAGCACCUACUUCAGCCCUGAGGCUGCAGGGAAAGCACUGCAGCUUCUUCCACGACAAAUCUUCCCACCCUCUCAGGAUGUGCUCCUUUAUCACCCCAGCAGCCAACAAAGGUUUCCCCAAGGACAGCUAUCACAGCUACUCCCUGUCACUACAGCUAUCUCAGAUGUACUGUCUACCCAAAUGAUCCACAGAACAUUCUUACAUUCACAAACAGGACCACCACCUAUACAGUUACACCAAGCACAGAUCCACAUGGCUGAACAGUUGGGCAUACCUUUUCAUCGGUUUCCUGCUCUUGUUCCCCUUCAGUUCUCUUCCAGGACUAGAGCUAGUCAGGCACUGUUUUUACCGCUGCCUUCAAGACUUACCACACAAGUUCCUUCUAUUUCAGCCACGGAGAACCGACACUCCAUCGCUGCUGUGUCAUCUGCCUUUCCACGUCAAACACUUGUAAGAAUCUCCUACCACCACCCAAGGCCAGUCAUUGCUACAUGCCUAGCCCAGCUCACGCCGUUAGUGUCCCUUGUGGUGCCAGUGCGACUACAGACUCAUAUACCUACCUAUGCCAGUGCCAUGUACACAACUCUGUCCCAGAUCCUGGCUUCUACCUGUUCACAAGGACCCAUUUCUUGCACAGCUAUGGUCAUUAUGGGACAGGUAGAGCAAAGCAAGAUUCAAAGAUCCUACUUGAAAGUCCCCUCCCCUGACAUUAAAAGCUUUCUUCCUCUGUCUCUGCCCUCAGAGAUGGCCUCAGGCUCUGGGGAAGGGUAUGGCCCCCUGGGGGCUGGAGGAAGUAAGCGCAUGCUUUCACCUGCAGCCAGCCUGGGGGCUGGAGGAAGUAAGCGCAUGCUUUCACCUGCAGCCAGUCUGGAGCUCAGCACAGAGGCCCAGCGUCACCAAAAAAGGGUAAAAGAGGAAGGAGAAAAGGAACAAAAUAAAGCAGAGGAGGAUGAGGAAGAGGAGACUGUGGAACAGACAUUUGGACAGGAGCAGGAAGCCACCAGGAGAAAUCAAGAAGAGGGAGAGGAGAAACAGGCACAGAGGGUGGAGCUGGUGGCUGUUAAAGUGGAGUGUCAACAGGAGCAAGAACCAAGGAAACAAUACAGGGAGAGGAAGGAGGAAGAGGAGGGGAAGAAGGAGUCAACAAGCCAAAAAAAGGAGGAGGUGCCAAUUGUAAAGGAAGCUGUCGAUAGGCAGCAAACCCCCUCAUACCCCAGCCUCAACACCUCCACCUCAGUCAACUGGUGCUACCUGAACUACGUCAAACCCAACCCAUCUGCCCUGACGGACCCUCGCACCUCAGUUUAUUCCACCUGGAGUGUCAGUGCGCACAACCCAAACCUACCUGGUCUCAGCACCAAGAUGGUCUUGUCUCUACUGUGCUCCAAACAAAAGCACAGUGCAGAAACAUACACCAUGGCAACUGCCCCAACCCUAGCCGAAAGCCAGUUGGUCCCUGCCAGUAGCAGCAGCCCACGUGUGUCAGAGGUAAACAGAGCCACUAAAAUCACUGUCUGAAUAUGGUACAAAUUAACUUUUUACAAGCUAAGAGUUGGAUUAUAUUUUCAAAGAUACCGCUACUGUUUACACUAUAUGGCAAGCUGCCCAUUGCCAAAGGUUUUCUGUUUAGCUUAGCACACUUAUUAAUUUUGCUAUCUGGACAUAACUUGGAGAAUGUUACUUUAUAAACUGUAUAAAUUUAUAACUUUAUAAACACUGUUGUGCACAGAAAUUGCAGGGAAAGAGAUUUCCGUAGAUCACUGUCUUUUGACAAAAAUAUUUAUGAAAAAAGUGGUAAUGAUUCUGGAUGUGUUGAAACAUCCAGCAAAGAGCCCAAAGGCGUGUUUCUCCUGUGAAGUGUAAUUGGGAGGUCACUGAAAACCUGAAAAAAAUAAAAAUCAGGUCAACCAAUAUCGAAGUUAACCUUUGGUUGACUAUAAAUGGACAGACCUGUGGCUACAGAGGGAACUGGGCUAGAACUAUCAUUUUGCAAAGAGUGACAGUUUUCAGGAGGCUAAGCUCAUAAGCAUAUAAAAGGUGCUAUUAACACCAUCUCAAAACCUGUAGGCAAUCUUCUGGUGACAGUAGCCCUUCAGAGCAACAGGUUAUCCUUUUUAUAAGGUUUUUCGCUGGUGUAUCCAGCAGAGAUAAAAGACUUCCUACCACCACUUUCUUUUACGUAUUGCCAUUAUUUACAGUCUCAACAGCUACUUGAGUUGAGGGAGAAUUUUGGUUAAGGUACAUUGCAGUGAUUGAGCAGAUUGUGAGUGGCCCAUGCUUGCAGAAAUCUGUCUUAAAAUCAUGAAUCAAGCUCAGUCAUUAUUAUAAUCUGCUUGAUUUCCAGGGCUGUAUUGUGGCUUUUUUGUUCCCCCUCUUUUGCUCCCCACAUUGACCUUUGUCCGGCACUGAAACUCUUAUGUUACCAAAAUUUGGUGCUGCACUUUUAAAUCUUCUUGCUUUAUGCAGAAUCUAUAAAAAAGUAUAACUAUGACAACACGUCAAAUUUUCUGGAUAAAAAAUGACCUUUGCUUUCCACUCCACUUUCUAUUCCUCAUAUUUGCACUAUCCAGCUGUCACAUCAAUACAGGCAAAAAUUCCAUGAAUAAAUCCUUUCAAAGGAUGUGAGUGUUAACAAUUUAAUUGAAGUUGUUUUGAAUCUUCCACUGUGUCUCGAGUGUAGGUACAUGCCACCGCACCCAGCACCGUCACCAGAGUAAAGGAUGAACAGCAGCAUGAAAAGGAAGAGAAAAAGGAGAUGACGGAGGAAGCACCCUCCACCUCCAAACAGAGUGAAGCCCCCCGGGUCCGCAUCUUCGAAGGCGGGUAAGGUCUUUAAAGAGCAAGAUAGUUAAAACUUGACUCUGUUAACUUGAAAUAUAACGUUAGUGAAAAAUGACGGUGCCUCUUUUGCUGAGGAAUGUGCAGUUCUGUCACAAACCAAUGACUAAAGACGGUGAAACAGCAACCAUGGAGAACUGACAAGAGUACACAGAGAAUUACAGUAACAGAUGGGAAGCAGUGAAACCCGCAGAGACUUCAUUUGUACCUGCAGCCAGGCUUUUUUUUCCCCCUCAUAUUGCUGGCAUGAUUGCUGUGUUUAAGAAGUGUUAAUUUAGAGAGGUGGCAGAGAGAGAGAGAGAGAGGGAGAGAGAGGGAGAGAGAGAAAGAGGAGGGGUUGUCUCUGGCUUCACUUUGUGAAACUCUCAUUAAUACCUAUUUUAUGGUUACAUAAGCUUAGGAGGAGCAGUGUGGAAAAAAAAUCUGCAAGCUCUCAGUGUCAUUGCUAUGAUUGUCAUAUUUGCUUGCAGCAUGUGUUUAUCGCUAUCCUUGUACCUAUAUGCGGGUAUAUUUACAUCAAUGUGAUUUCCUAUUGGUAUUUGGAUGAUUGUUUCCAGUGCAGAUUCUGCUUUUUCUAUGCUGUGAGACAGAGGAUGGAGCACAGGAUAGAUUAAAGGUUCUGAAUGAUGUACAUCUCUAACAAGUAUAUGUGCUGAUAUUUAGAGGGAUAACCGGGAUGGUUACACUUAUACUUUCUGUAUUUAUAUGUCUGUAAGUGCAUGUAUGUGUGUCAAAACUUGCAGAUUAAGACUUGCAUGCACACAAAUUGAGUCUUGAAGAGUUGUCUGGUUAAUGUUAGAUAAGGGACUAAUUACCAGUCUGUAUCACUCUGCAGCUAUGCAUUACACACAUCUAGGGGAAAAAAAUGUAACCAUAAAAACAGUCCUUUAGCUUCCUCCCUUCUCUGUUUCCAUCACACCAGCCUUCUGUUCAUGCUGGCCGUGCCACUCUGGCAGCUUUUUUACUUUUACUUACACAUCUAUUAUUCUCUCUUGAGUCUCUCCUUCUGUGUCCUGUCUCUCUCUGUUUUCCUGCACCCUUGACGUCCCAUUGUCUUUGCCCCGUGCAUGCAAAUAAACACAGCAGCUCUUUCAUGCACACAGUGUGGGUAUGUUCUGCUUCCUACUUUAAUGUCAUCAUUUUGAGAGGGUCCUUCAAGAAAGAGGGUUACAGAUAUCCCUAAAGUGUGUUGAUAUAUACAGCUAAAGAAACAUAUUGAAUAAGGGGAGCUUUUUGUCAAUAAUAUAUUCCUUAUUGUAUCUGUUUCUUCUUAUCAGCAGCAAGAGUCAGUUGAAUAUCAUCUUUAAUCCCUUCCUUUCUGAUUCCUUGUUUUGGAUAUUAAUUAAACUCUGACCUUACGUUUUCUGCUCACAAAUGCAGUUUGAUUUCCAUUCUCUACAACACUUUAACUUUGCUUAUUGAAUGGACAUUGGCAUUCCUAUGAGCAAAAUACAGCAUCUGUUUAAAUGGAUUAUUUAAAAAAAAGAUCCUUCAAGUCAGCUGUUUUUUUCCCCCUCUUGUCCUUUUGCUUAUUUAAUUUAUUCAAUCUUUCCACCCUGUUUGAAAGCAGUAUUUAUCAUCAGCUCUUUUGUCUGGAUCAAAAUGUUGCAAACUGGACCUUGAUACAAGGUGCCACCUGUGCUUGUUUACAUUAAGGUAGUUAAGCUUUAGAGUGUUUUUUGGAGUAGCUAUUAACCUGAGCUACAACCUCAGCUAGUGCCAGCAGUGGAUGUCUAUGCUACAGCUGGGACAUGACUGUCAUUUCAGGCCCACAAUAUUGAAACCAUUAAUAAUGUGUUUGACAGACGAGUAAGAUGGGGAUAAUGUUUGAUGGUUUAGUCAACUAAAUUCUCCCAGUACAAUCAUUAGAGUCUGUCAGAAGUUAAAAUAGAUGGAAUAAGAUGAGACAGAAGAUGGAAAUAAAUACUAUUUAUUUAUUUGGGUAGACAAACUCUAUGCUACCGGAACAUAAAUCAUCAAUCAAGUAGGGCUGUUGUCAAUAUCUGCCCUGAUGGUCUUUGAGAUACAGAACAACCAGAGGCAGAUUACUGGUUGAGUUCACUGAGAGAGAGACAGCUGAUAUAAAGCUGUGGAUUGUAAAGUGUAACUUCUGUCUUGUUUUCCUGAGAUGUGCAUGGAUAUUUUUAGCAGUGGUAAGGAUAACAUGCCAGUAAACAGUAGCGAGCUGGUGAAUAAAUUCACCAUAAAGCCACUGUUGAGACUAUUUUAGAGUGGUGCAACUAUUUGUUAUGAUUUGCUGUUGUGGGUUGUGUUAUGAAAUGGGGAAAAUUCACAGUCUGGCUUCUUGUUGAUAGGGUGGACUUCCUGUAAUUUAUCAUGGUCAGCACACAAUAGUUAUUUACAGUAUAGGCUGGAUUGUGUAGCUCUUCAUUAGCAGCAAGAGCAGAUGGAGUUUUCAGUGGAGGACAAUUCAUUCAAAUAUAAAAUGUCUACGGUCCACUUUGUCCACAAAUAGCCUUUUGGUAAACACCAAGACUGUGUGCAAACAAUGUUUUUAUAGACUUAGUCUAAAUGUGUUGCUUGAUUUUUAUAUAUAGUGUCUAUUUUAGGUUGUGGGCCACUUCCAGGCUUCCCUGCCCUCUUUUUAGCUGCUGCUGUUGUUGGCAGGUUGGACCGUUGCUUCAGAAUAGUCGUAUUCUCUGCGCUCAGGGUGUAGUGGUGGGAACAGUCAAGGAGCUCAGUGCUGCUGGGGUUUGGUGGGGCUUCCCUGACCCGCCUCCAUAAAGAAGGCCUUGUUUCCAGUUUAGUCGUGUUUGCGUGUCUGUAAAUGUGUGUGGAUGAAUUUUUUGGGUGCAAAUGUAUGAAUUUGUUUGUGCUGCACACAGACCAGCGUCUUAUUUUGGUAAAAGCUGCACGUGUCAAUAAUUCUGUGAGAAUAAUUGGUAACAUAAAGGUGAAAGUGAUGUGUGUUUUUAUUGUGAUAGAGCCACAGAGAUUAAAGGACAUUUAUGACUAUAUUUCACAGUUCGCUAAACUGGUUUGAGCAUCUUGUUAAACAUAUUGUUUUGCAUCUCAAAGGCAGUGUCAUCGGUUUUGUUUGUAGCAGAGGAUAGCUGAAUUAAAGCUCCUGCAAGGAACUUUUAGUUUGUGUCAACUUUGGCGCCUCCUGUGGACAAAUCAGUUUUUGUUGAUCUCCUUCUUAACAUGCUCAAGAAGUGUCUUUUAACCAAAAAAGCAAGUAUCCUGUGGACUUUUGAGGGUGUAAUGUAUAAUUUAUUGUGAAUAAUUUGUGUGGAAAUUGUAUAAACAGGGCUGUUUCAUAUUUUGCUCUUACUGUUCUCAGGCAUACAAAUUAAGACAUGAAGAUUGCCAAUCUUGUUUCUAAUGGUCUUGUUUAUUUUCAGAUAUCAUGAAAAUGCAUCAAUAUAAAUUUCAGUCUAUUUGAUGAACAUCAAAAAAUUCCCCACAGAAGCUUCUUGAAACCCAGGUAUACAAUAGUCUGUUGAAAAAAAGCUGUAGACAGUGAUCGUACAUUUUAUAUAUAGAAAUUUAAAAAAUACCCCAAUUUUAAAUGGCUCUUUGUGUUUAGUCUGAACUUUGUUUAGUUUACAUAUUUAUUUUAAAACAUUUCACAAUAACUUCCGUGAACCAGUUAUAGGAACAGUCACACUGCAGCUAUUUAUGUCCAGCAUUAGCUCAGUCUGCUGGUGGCUAUAAACAGCUGUGGUUGUCUGUUUUCAGCUUUGGGAAGUAGGUGUAGACUGUUGAUGAUUUUUAUUCAAUGGCUGGAGUCAACUAGUGGUAAGAUUUUAGUUCACCUGAUACUAAAGUAUCAGUUUUAGAUACACAACCCUGUAUUUUUAUUGGCUUAACAACAAACUAGGGCAUUUUAGUUACUGUUGUAUGUGUAUGCUAAAUUUUGAUACAGAUAGAAGAGCACUUGUAUGUAACCAUUCUGUAACAGAUUGAAAUAAAUGAUUUUCAGAUUGUAAGGCUCAUGCCUCUAUAAAGCUGUUGGGCAUUUAUCAUAAACAGGUGCUUUUCAACCAAAGGUACCUGCGACUUUUAGUUCCAGAGACUUCUUUUCAAGGUACUAAAUGGUAAAUGGUUCCAGUGGCCAAUUGUUACUUGUGUUUUAACCAGGGCCUGAAGUCCCAGACUGUUUUUUGGAAAUGAAUUGACUUGCGCAGCUUGUAAUUUAAAGUUCUGUUGAACUUGCAGUUACUACGUUUGUUUGAUGGGGUUUCCUUUUACCAAAAACUGAAACCACAUUAUUUCAACACUCAGUACAGAGAAAGGAAAAAAAAAUCACUUCAGGAUGAUAUUCAACAAUCAAAUACUCUGUAAAGUUUUCUUGAGUCUGUUGAGGGAAGGAAGGUGAAUGUGCAAAUUGUUCACCAUAGAAAGGUGGAUGGGAAAAUCUGUGUCUCUUGGUGGAUAUCGUAAAACAGAUGUUGUUGCUGUAGAUAUUAGAAAAGUGCAGGAUGCUUUGAUUUCAGAUUUAGUUUAGUUAAAAAUUGACUUGGACUGUCAGUGAGUCUCAUAUUGAUGCAUUCCCAAACGUCCAUUUUCUGGUAGAUAUGAAAGAAACCCUGUGAUUUCUGAGAUGAUUUUUUUCUGGUUGAAAAAUCUCCUUUUCCUCUUUCUCUCUCUGUUUUCUUUCAGGUAUAAGUCAAAUGAAGAGUAUGUUUACGUGCGAGGUCGUGGCAGGGGAAAAUACAUAUGUGGAGAGUGUGGUAUCCGUUGUAAGAAGCCGAGCAUGCUAAAAAAGCACAUCCGAACACACACAGAUGUCCGACCGUACGUCUGCAAACACUGCAACUUUGCCUUCAAAACCAAAGGUAAGGAGACAGCGACAUGAAUAUUGGAACCUUCUUCUUUAUUCCCAGGGGUCAUGUUUUACUUCUGUUGUCCAAACUCUCGCACUUUUAAUGUGAUUUUCUUGUUCCUUUCUAGGGAACCUUACCAAACACAUGAAGUCAAAGGCUCAUGGGAAAAAAUGCCAAGCGAUGGGAGUGUCUGAGUCAUCUCUGGACGAGCCAGAAAGUGAGGAAACAGGUAUUUGGAGAGGCAUCUUUCCUAUCCAGUGUAGAGAAAUGUUUGGUACACAGCUGGCUGAACUUCUGCCUGUGAAGAAUGGUAGCUGCUCAGCACCGACAGCUUAUGCAACACCAUGUUCUAUUCUUUUCCCCGUGGCCUUGCAUAAAAAAUAUGAAAGAACAGAAGAUAAAUGAAGACAGAAUUCAGGACUAUUUGGCCAGCACACCUUGUUGUCAAGGAUGUGUCCCUACAAAGCCCACUAUUUCUUCUCUCUUCUUCUCAUCACAGCUAAGGAUGUGCCAUUUAAAAUGUCUAUCUAUGUACAGAGGCUGCUGAGAUCAUUUGUGAAUAGUGCUUUUCAUUGAAAGCGCGGUCUUUUCAACCUCAGUCUAUUUAUAAAGUGGAUAUGAUAGGUGGGGUUAGGUGUUGUAAGAAACAUACUGUAUGCUGCCCUUUGUGCAUGUCUAAAAUUAUUCAGUAUGAGGAUUUUUUUUCCAACUUUUUUACAUUCAGCACAGAGAGUUUUGACUGAAUGAUGUGGAUGAAAAAACUGUGAAAGGUACUUUUUAUUAGUUUGCAUACAACCUCCUGUAGAUGCUGGUGUGUUCGACGCGGUAGUUCUUCUGCCUCAGCGUCUCGGUUUGAUUGCAUUUCCAUGAAGAAAUAAUCAUAAAUGUUCUUCCUUGAUCUGCAUCACCCUGCAGCAGUUUGUUGGCUUUAUUUGUGGCUAUAGAGAGGCUUUUUGGUUGAGGUUUGUGUGUGGCUCCUGAGACCGCUGUGAAUUGCUGUUGUGCAGUUGUUACUAAAGUUGGUAGAACUAGAGAAGCAAGCGGUUGGCAGCAUUCAUUUCUUGAGGGGGAUGUCUAACUCUGUGUUACGGUGUGUUUGACCCUAACUUAGUUUUACGCUAUAAUAUCCCUUUAAAGUGAGGUUAUAUUUUCAGUUGGGGCGCAUGUAUGGUUUGCUACAGCUAAGUUAUAGUGGUGAAAAGUUAAGCUCCUCCACUCAAGGCCAAGCUAACUUCUACAUACUGUAGGUAAUAGAGUGAUAGGGACCUUUUUUAAACCUGCUUAAAAAAGUGUGUCCUUGCCCUUUAGAUGUGUGUGUUUAAGUGUGUGUGUUUCCCUGUAUCUGCACCAACAGCAGGAAGUGAUGAGCGUGUGUGUGGCUCAGAAGAACAGGAGGAACACCAGUUUUCCGACGUGGAGGAGUCAGAGGAUGAUGAUGACAACGACGAUGACGAUGAUGAGGAGGAGGAGGAGUCUGCAUCCCAUGAUGACCCACCGUCUUCCUGCUCCUCAGACACCCACCCAUCAACAGGAGGGCUCUCUUUGCACUCUCAACAAGGCACUCCUGAAGCCGAGCCCCUGGGUGCUGGUCUCAGCCCCUGUCAGGAUCCUUCUCCUAGAGGGGUUUGGCCCAGCAGACGAGCCGCCUCUCCAGGCAGCAGGCGGGCGCUGUUUUCUCGACGGGGUUGGAAGGCAUCACCAAGAGCCUUCUCACCAAGUAGUGAGAGCUGCUCUCCCAGCCGCAGCCUCUCCCCCCGGCUAGAACUGUCCUCAUCUAUCCACAGCCUCUCCCCCAGGACAGAGUUAUCCUCACCUACCCAGCAUGUCUCACCCUCCCCUGAGAAAGGAUCUUCUCCCAUCAGAGCCCUUUCCCCUCUGAGGCCUAUUUCGCCGAGCUGCCACCGCCCAUCACAAGUAAGGGCCCUCCCUUCCCCUUUGGUGUACCAGCACAGGACCCUUGGGUACAUGCCUUGGGAGACCCCAGAGACAAAGGGUGGUCAUGUGAAACAGGUGAGUCUUUUAUAUUUGCUUUUUGAAAACAAAUUCAGAACAUAGUCUGUAUAUAGAAUGGACAGCGUCUGCGUCCUCACUGGGUGAAGCCACUCCGAGAACAGCACCCUCUGGUGACGGGCUGCAGUAUAAGUUAUAAAUCCCGCCUCUGCCAGCAAAGCCUAUGGUGCUGUGGACAAACUUUAGAAAUUUAUUACACAGAAUAUAAUUUUUUUUCCCCCUGCUUGCGGUGUUGACAUGUAGUUACUGUAAGACUGGUUUGUGCUCAAGUCCUCUUUUUUUCUGUACAGCUCCAUUUUUAAAAGUUAUUAGGGGUUCAUGUUUUCUAUGAUUGACACCUGGUACAGCCCAUGGGUGUACAAGGAUUGCAUAGCUCACCCGUGGGGAACGCCAUUUGAGUCAAGCGUCAUCACAGCGACUCUCAGUGACUCUCCCGCCAAAUGCACACAAUGCUACUGCACAGUGUUGGUUUCAGGAAAUAGAGAGAAAACGCUGAAUUAUCGAGAGCUUUUUGGCUUCAGAGCCGUAUACUGGCGGAAGGCGAAACCAAGUUGUCCAAAGUAUAAACAGUCUAUGAUUCAGAUUUAGGCAGCUUCCUGAUUCAUCUGCUCCUCUCUUCUGUGAGAAAAAUCUUCAGGAAAGCCUGUUCCAUGUAACUGUGAGGUUUUUGUGCCCUCUACAGGACAAAAGUGGAACUGAGGGACCAACAUUGCCAGACUCCAGCUUGUUCCCACCUGCUUUCCGUCUCUCCACCUGCGAGGGUUAUCCUGGCCUUCAAACAGCAGACACCACCUUCAGCCACCUUCCCAUGCACUCCCAACAAGCCAGGGUCCCCUAUCCCAUGAUCCCCAUUGGAGGGAUCCAAAUAGUGCAAGCCAGACCGAGGUCCCAUCCCACCACCCCUUCAUCCCCAACCUCUCCCCCCAUGGAGGGGCCAUCAUUUGCCAGGUUUGAAUCAUACUGGGGCGGGACCCCGAGAACUCAAGGGCUCAGGACUCCUGGAGACCCCUGGUCAGAGCACCAGGCAGCAGGAGCCAGCCAAUCAGUGUGGUGCAUUCACAGCACAGCGCUCACAUGUCCCAAACAGGAGGUGGAGAUCACAGACUCGAAGCAAUAUGGCAGCUCACAUGGCUCCGCCCACACCCGCAGCUCUGCAACCGAGACACCUGAAUGCAGCUUCAGAGACAGUCAUUCAAGAGCACCCUCAAGUGUCACAGCCCCUGUAGCUUCGCCUGUCAUUGGACAGCAGCCAAAAGGGGAGGAGCCCCAGUCUGGUGGCAGGGUGGAAAAAGGAGAAGCUAAAGGUGACAGAACAGACCCGAGCACUUAAAGUGUCACACCUUGAUGCAUCAUGCAUCAUAGUUUGCUUUAUUGGUUGCUACACUAGUCUUGUUUUUUUAUUACUUUGUUUUUAUACAGUUUUCAAUACUAUUGUUAACUUAAAUGUUUGGCAAUAUUCAGGUUUGUUAUUGAAAAUGCACUUUUUCUUUGUAAAAAUAAUGUCUAUCUAUAUAUAUUAAUUAUAUAUACACAAAUAUAUCCCUCCUUUAUCUGUAUUGAUACUGGCAAUCGUAAUGUUUGUUCAAAUAAUGUAAAUGAAAAAUGGAUAAAUUUGUAAAUGACCAAAAUCUUUAAUCAAAAAUAAUUCCAUUUUUUUUUUGUCCAGUAUUACUCAAAUCGUAGUUACUUGUGCCUUUUCUGUCCAGGUUUCCGUUUUGACAUGUACAGUACAGAGAGAAGGCUGUGAAUUUUUAUACUCUUUUUUUUUUUUUUUUUUUUUUUUUCUUGAGCGUUAGUAUUUGGUGUUUUGAAUGUUUCUGUUCUAAUGGCCAUUGCUUUAAAGACAGGGUAACAGAGAACAGAGAUUUUUGAAGGAGCAGCAGAAACAUGUCAAAGGAAUUGCACUGAAGUUCUAUUUUUUAUUACAGAAGAUUUUAGAGUAGAGUUUAUCUCUGUACAGGGAAGAGUGCUCCUUAUUUAUUGUUGUUCAAUGAAAAGAUCAUUGUUACAAGAUGUUUCUUUUUUUUUUUACAUUUUUUAAUCGAAAAAGGUUGUUUUUUUCUGUUUUUUUCAUGAUAUUUCUGUGACUUGAAAUGUUUAAAAACAGAUGAGGGAUGGAGUUGAGCUAAUACAGGAGGUUUAAGUGCCCUGCAGAUUUCACACACAGCAAAAUUUCUAGUCAUUGAAAAAAUAAAAAAAUACACCAGACUCA